AUUGGAUUGAAAAGCGCUCACGUGUCUUAUGAACUAAUCUGUUUUCAGAAGGGUUAACACAUCAUUCAUACUUGUAAUAUAGAUCUUAGUUUCCUGGAGUGCACGAGCAUCCCCUCUCCCCUCCCCCACACCUAUAUCUCCCCAAACACCACCUUGCACCACUCCCCUUCUUCUUCACAUCUCGCUAAGUACCUUUUGCAGAUUAUUCUAAGCAUUGUCUCUUAUAAAUCUACCCCCCUCACACUUUUUCUCUCCAGCCCUCCCUCCCUCAGUGAAAAUCAGCUGGGACCUGCAGGAAAUGUCGUCUAAUCCACAUCCAAAUAUAGUAAUUUGAGUGGAUCUGUCCAUGGUGCUGAAGGUUGGACAAGAGAAGGUAGGGGAGAUGGACAGAAGAUAGCUCAUCACAGAUCACAGGCUCCUAGCUUUACCCACACUUUACUAAUUAUGGGAGAUCUAUUGGAGAUUAAACGGUGAAGACAGAUUUUGGAAUAAACACCGUGAAAUUGAGAGCUGAUGACCUGGACUGAUGUUUUAGAAGCUGAAACGGAUGGAACCUUCAGAUGGAAUGUUGAUAAAUCACUGAGUUUGUAAUAACCUCUGAUUGUCCUAGACUGAUACUCAACACCUAUCAUCUCCAGCCUACUGGUAUAUGCUGAUCUUCCACACAGCAGUGACUGGAGAGAUUUUUUCUCCUCUCUCUCUUUUCUAUGGCCAUCCCACGCAAGAAGGAGGGAUAUUAUCCUUUAGUGCAAAGUCCUAUCUCCCCCAUUAUCAAUCCUAUGGCUUCCCCCAUUACUACUUAAGCUGAUGUGUAGUGAUACCUGUCUCUCACAAGGCCAGACCUCAGCAACCUUAUUUUUAUUUAUUUUUUCUUUUAGUUAAAAAAAGACUCUAUAUAAUCAAACAUUCCUAUUGCAUCCUUAGUUAGAUAGCACUUUCAAAUCUAUCACAAAAGUCGUAAUGAGAACUUUUUCAUUCCAAGCACAAAUCUGAUCUUUGGAAAUUUUCAAAGGAAGAACAUAAAAAAUGGAGUUUAAAAAAGAAGAAUUCAAGAAAUUUGCGGGGAAUACCCUGGGCCACUUACACAGGUAUUUGAUUCGUUGAUUUCAAUCCUUAUUCCAUCAUGUAUUAAAUUAAUCUUGUCUAUUUAUUUAUUAUAUUAUGGUAGGAAUAUUUGUGUUUGUUAUAUUUGUGUACCUAUUGUAUUAAUUACUAAAUAAAAAUAGCAGAUAUCUGGUAACAAUAUUCCUUUUAAAUAUCUUCUUCCUUAUUUGAGUUUUAACCUGUGAGUGCCAGUAAGGGGUGGGAUUAAAAAUGACCGGCACUCAAUGGGUUAAAACCUAUAGCUAUUUUGUUUCCUGUCGAAUGUUAAAAAGAAUGUUUGCAAUAUAUCUAUAAAUCAUUUCUCAAUGUGAUUCUGAAAAUAAAUAUCUACUGCAAAACCAAGGCAUCUUUCGAUUUAUGGAUAUUGUAGCCAUUUUUUUUUAUUUUUGAAAUAAAUGUGCUGAUUUUAAAUGUGUUGCUGUGUAUAUUAUGCACACAUUUGUGUGCAAUAUGUUACAUAUACGAUGUAUUAUUUAUAUUAGAAUAAUCCAAGUAGACCCAAUUGCUUCUGGCAAAGCUCUAAUGGGAUUUACACAUUCUAGAACCUCUGAUUUAUGUCGGUUACACAGAAUUUAAUUAAAAUCUCAUUCACUCAUUCAUCUUUGCAUUUUUUUUAUUCAUUGGACACGUGCUAUAUUGUAACCUCUGUGGGGUAUAGGCAACAGAAGCAGUCAGUAAUAUUCACAGACAUCCAUCCAUUCAUUUCCUUCAAAAAAUAGUAAUCCAGAGAAAAUAAAAUCCGAUUUUCCAUUGACAAGGCCAUACAUUUUAAUCUCUCGUUGAUUAAUUUAUGUCCACUGCUUGUCCUGGGAGUGGGUACAGAGUAUCUUAAUGUGCUUAUAGGUUUAUGAGGGUGAAAUAGUAGAAGUGAUUACGGUGAUGGCCUGCAAAGUAUAUUAUCCUAUAAUCCCACUGUGAGGUUAGGGAUAAUUUGAUGGAAGGGGGCUUUUAAAUCCUUAAUUCAAGACCUCACUUCAGAAUGGGCACAUAGAUGAUCUGAUCUGUUAUUUAAGGAGAGGAAUAAAAAGAAUUCAUAGUAAUUUCUACUAAAAUGUAUCCAACACCCCUUGACAGUUUCUUUUAGUUAUAUUGUAAAAAUGUAAGUGUUAGAAGGACAUUGGAAUGUAAUUUUCAGCCAACCGGUAGUGAAGGGGUUAAUGCCCCUAUGUGACUGCCCCCUUGCAGUGUGAAGUGGCAUAGCCUUGACGUCAUAACACUAGGUCAGUAAAGAACUCACUGCAGCAAUUUUACCUCCCAAAGUCACCUUGUACUAACCGCCCCCCCCCCUUUCCCCCCACCCCUACCGCCCCCAUUGAUGAUCACACCAUGGGGUGAGCUCCAUAAACAACUUAAAAUAAACACCUUGUAGGCAGGUUACCAAUUUUACCAUUUUAAUCAGUUUAUAGUUUUUUUGUUUUUUGCAGUGUGGCCAACUUCUGUAAAAUUGACUAAUUAUAUAUAUUUAAAUCGAAUUCUUCCCUAUAUAAAAAAAUAAUACAAAAUACAAAAACUGAGCCAAAACGUUGACUUUAUUACUUUAUCUUGAACACUUCUGCAAAACCAAAAAGGUGUAUAAUAGUAAUUGCAAGAUACACAGAUCUAUCUAUCUAUCUAUCUAUCUAUCUAUCUAUCUAUUUAUAUAUAUGUGUAUGAAUUAUGAAAUAGUCAUGGUUUAUUGUCAUUUUAGUACCAGUUGAAAUCCUUUAAUGAAUGCAAAAAGAAUGAUUAAUUCAGCAGAUGACAUUAAGUGACUUCUUGCAGAGAACACGUUUAAUAAUUAAUAUGUUUGGCAAAUAAAUGCAGGGCUAUCAGUUAUAGUUUAUGCAAUUAAAUGUUGAGUACGCCUUUAAUUGGAAUUCGUUGCAAAUCGGUGACAUAAAAUCGUUUUUUUCUAAUUUUAUCGGUUUGUAAAAAAAUAAAAUAAAAAAAUGUUGAUGGCACAGGGUCUAUCCCGUUAAUAUUUCAGAUUGGUGCAGUAUGAACUCAUUCUAACAUUCCCUAGCCUUUACCAUAUUAAUUCAUGAGCUGGCGCCUCGUGAUUGGCAAUGAACUGGUACAAUUCAUAGUGAAAAAUAUAGAAUUAAAAACAAGCUGUGGCUCAGAAAAAAAAUAUAUAGCAUAUUUUCAAUGGAAAACACAAGGCUAAAAUGAAAAAAUAUAUAUUUUUAUGCGCUAGCUUUUAUUAAUAUAAAAGAUAUUUAUCAAAAAAUUUUAUUAGCGAGUUUUCUUAAAUGCCCAUGUGAUGGUUUUUAUUGGCAUCCCAGGUGGCAAUAGGCUGGGUGACCUUAGUGUCAAUAUUAGCCAAUAUUGGGUUAAAACAUAACUGCAAAAAACCCCAAAAAAAACAACGAAGCAAGGAUUUUAUCUAAUUUGUAACAAUGAAAAUGUUUUGAUAUAUUUUUUAUUUGUGCAUUACAACUUUUCGAUCUUCUGGUAAUUCUCACUCUGACAUUAACAGAACGAUAUAUCCUUAUUCAAUCUAUCUUUACAUAUGGUACAACAGAAGAUACAACAGAAGUAGCCCCGUUUAAUUAUUUUGGUACAAAAAUGCAAAUAAUGGCUAUAUUAAUAAGGUGUUUAACUCUUUACAUAAUGGAAGAAAUUAGCGGAAUUGUUGAGAAAAUAAUGUUAAAAAAUAACCUUCCCGUGUGUCUGUGCUUGUUAUUAAAGUCACUAGGAUUUCAUAUUUUUUUUUCAAAAUCACAGUGUCGUUAUUUAAACCCUCCCUCCCCCCCAAAAAAAAAAAUUAUAUAUAUAUUAAAUUACUUACACACACACAUAGAAAUAUAUGUGUGUGUGUAUAUGUAUACACAGAAACACACACAUUAUAUGAUAUACAAUUUUUAAAGAUGUUACAAAUGUAGACUACAGUAUAAUAUUUCCAAGACAAUUUUUCCGUGCUUGUGUGUAUAUAUACGACAAAAAUUGUCUUGGAAAAAUUAUAGUGUAGUCUACAUUUGUAACAUCUUUAAAAAUUGUGUAUCAUAUAAUGUGUGUGUUUCUGUGUAUACAUAUGUAUACACACACAAGUACAUAUGGAUGUAUAUACACACACACACGUAUAUAUACACACAUACACGUCAUCUCUGCGUGUGUGUUUAAGUAUUUUAAUAUAUAUAUAUGUAUAUAAAAAAAUAAUAGAUAUAUUUUUUUCAAGACAUUUUUUCUGAAGCUCUGUUUAUUAACAUCUUAUUUUUUUUCAUCAGCUUUCAGUUAGCUUUACGUUGUGUAAGUCACUUGACAUUUUGUUAGGGAGAUGGUGAAAUUAAAUAUUGGAUUUAAGGAGAUUACAUGCACAAUCUAAAACUGUUUUUUUUUAAAUGCCAGUGAAAUAAAAUAAAAAAAUAAAAAGAUAAAAUAAUAAUAAAAAAAGAUAAAUAAUGAACUAUGGGGAAACAAUUGCUCAGAUAUACAGCAGCACUGCCUACAUACAGUAAAGCAGAUGGAAUUCUCAAUUUAACAUUUUGAAUGCAGUUAUUUAAAUAUAGCUUAAUGGUCAGGUGUUCCAAAUAUUUAGUAAGGUAAUAACAACUUAAUGAGUACCGGAAAUACACACAAAAAUAUAUUCGCAAACAAAUACAUACACUCACAUACAUAAUUCAUGCACACAUACACACAAAAUAUGUAUCUAUGUAGGGAUGCACACAGGUAUAGAUAGGUAGGUAGAUAGAUAGACAGACAGAUCGAUAGAGACAGAGCGAGAGAGAGAGAAAGAGAGAGAGAGAGAGAGGAACCGUGAAUGAGCCAAAAUAUGAUUUAUGUCUAAAUAGAUAGUCCAACCAAACACAGAUAAGCUAAAUGGCAGAAUUGAUGCAGAAUGUAUUUUCUGUUUUAUAACCAUUGUUUGCUCAAUACUCGCUGCAAUGUUUUGUUUUGUGUGUGUUUUUUUUGUUGUUGUUGUUGUUGUUUUAUUUUUUUCAUUUGAAAAUAUAACACAUUUAAAAAAAAUAAAAUGAUAUCGGUGAAUCAGGUGUGACCCAUCUGUCUAAGUGCCCCAAAUCCUAUUAGCAGUAACCUUUCCCUGCAUGCAGUGUAUUCUCUAGAAACUCAGAGCUCAGCCUUGAAUCUGUCAGAAUUCUUUAGUCCUAUUCCCCCUCCCUCCCACCAGCAGGGUGUAGGUAAAACACUGAAGGUGAGGGUGAGAGGGCACUUCCAGACUCAGUAUUCUUUCAUUUACAUGUAAUAAUUAAGACAGAAGAAAGGGAUGCAUUGUUUGAUGUAUCACUGGCAUUAGCCAAUCCUCUCCACAUAGCCUUGAGCUACAGUCCUUAGUGUAAAGGCUUGAUCCAUGAUUCAAAUGAUUAAUGCUGCAAAAUAUUUCAAGGCAACUGCAUGCAUUGUACCAAGGAAACAUAAAAUAAAGACUUGCUUUUCACAGCUCAUUCAUUAACCCAUGCACAUCCAUAGCCCACAUAAAAAAAUUAAAUCUUAUGGAAAAUGUAUCAUAAGAUUGCAAUAAAAUACACAUUUGUUGCAACCCAUUUUUUAAGAAAUAAUAUCCCCAUGAAAAUGUUUUGUUUGUCAUUGUUUGUGUGUAUGCAUUGUUUGUGUGUGUGUGUGUGUGUCUUUCUGUGUGUAGUCAUACAUAUGCAUAUAAAAUGGCAUAAUUUUAUUUUUAUUGCACCUACAAAUGCCUUAAAAAAGGUGAUAAUUCUAUUUUGAUUUAUUUUUUUUGCUAUGUUCUACCCAUGCAUUAUGUAUGAGCCAAAUAUUUUUUUCAUGUGAUGGUAUGAAUUCUAUGAAUUAUAAUAUUUCACAUGUCAGGAAGAAUUGAUCUCCCUUACCCAGACAUAGAAAGGGGUUAAUAAAUUCCUGACACCCCCCUUUCCCCCCCCCCCUCACACACACACACACACUUUCCUUGCAGUGUACAUAGAAACGUUUCAAGGUAGUCUUUUCUAUAGAGACAUCACAACUGAUUGCUAUUCUGAGCCAUGGGCUCAGCCUGGGCAGAGCAUGCUGGGAAUUAUAAUUAAAAUCGUAUUUCUCUGGGUUCCCCCAGGAUUCUUGUAUAAAGCAAACUACAACAGGGGCCUCACACUUUGCUUACAUGUCUGUGGUGAGAGCAAGGUGUAGGUACACAUUGCAUUUUCUGAAGCAAAUUUUAACCAUUUCAGUGCUGAGGGCUUAAUGGAACUCUCUGAAGGUAUAUCUGCUAAACUCUGAAUUGAAGAGAACUGGUAUAGGAUUGGGACAGAUGGAGGCUACACUAACCAAACUGUGUGGUUUAAUCAUUGACCACUGACAGGGUUAAUCACUAAAGUGAGAAUUCAAAGUGAUUUUUAAAUUUAAGGUCAAAAUAGUUGAAAAUUUCUAUGAAAAAAAGUCACUUAAGCCUUUAUUUUUUUUAAAAACACUGAAUUACAGUAAAGACUCUAAAAUUGUGGCUAAAAUUGUUUGAAAUAAAAUCUCCAUCUUGCUAAAGUCCCAGCUAUUUAAGCCUGUUUUGCCAUUUGGAUUUAAUUCCAUAUGCAAUUUAAAUUUUGCUGAAUAUCCCUGUCUGAUUAUAGAUGGGCCAGAAGAUUUUUAGAGAUCAGUUGCGCCAUUUGGUUUUUAGUUUGCUACAAUUCAGAGUUUAGAGAAUAAAUAAAAAAAAGGUUUGUUAGAGCAAAUUUUUAGUCUUUGAAUCAAUACUUAGAACCUACUCUGCAGUACUGAAGGAAAAAAAUGGCUCCACACAAUCAUCUGACAUUGAGAAGGUUAAUAAAUGAUCUAGUAGUGUGACUCUUUGAAUAUCAGAAUGGAAGAAUGUUAUUUUAUACAACUUUAUUAGUUACCUAUUUUACAUUUAACCAUUUCAGUGACAGGACACACAUCUAUACACAGAGCUAUGCUCUCUCUCAUUUGCGUUUUCUGUCUCAAAAAGCAUUUAAUUUUAUAAUUCUCAUUCAUAACAUAUCAAGAAUUCUAAGACCAAUUUAUUCUGAAUAGAUACGUGAUUAAAAUACUACUUGUGGUUAAUUUGCAUUUUUAGAAACUCAGCAAUAUCCAUUGGAAGCAUUUCUGUAAUUAUUAUUUUUUUUUUGGUAGAGAUAUUUAUAGUACCCGUGUAUUAGAAAAAAAAAAGUAAAAAAAUACGAUCACUUUCAGUAAAUGAAAUAUUUUCAUAAUUUCUGUCACAUGCAAAGAUAUUGUGUGCAAAUAAAAAAAACACUAUACUUUGUAUAUAACAGUAUAAGAAAUGUAAUCUCUUCUGUGGUUUAUGUAAUAAACAAAAUAAUAACUUUUCAUUUUUUAAAAAAUGUUUAUAAAAAAAAAAAGGAACAUCGUGUAGGUUAUUCUGGUUUGAUUUAUUUAUUUAUUGAUUGAUAACCGGGUAAUACCAUAAAUAAUGCAUUUCAAAUAUCUAAAUUUGAUUUCCCUGUGACCUAUAAAAUGGAUAGGUUUUUGGGAAUUGUAAUUCGAACAGAGCCCUAUGCAUCGCUGUUUACAUUAAAUUAUUUGUAAUGCAAUUUCUAUUUUAUACCCCUUUUGUAAUAUUGUACAGCACUUUGGUAUAUAUUGGUGCUGUUUGAAGAAGGAAUGUUGUUUUCAAGGAUUUAUAAUAACAUUUCUAAAUAUACACUAUGAUUAAAAACCUGGAUUCUCAUUAUAGUCUGUUUGUACCUAUAGCCUGGAGCUAAUAAAUUCAAAAUAAAUUAGAAGUAAAUUUCAAAUUUGAACUGGAAAAAUUCUCCUGGUCAGCUAGGUGUUACGUUUGGCUACUCUAAUCUUCUCUAUUUAGUGCAGGGAUGCCCAAAAGGUAGAUCCUCAUGUUUUAGAACUACUCCCAUGAUGCAUUGCAUGCAGUUAGAAUGCCUUUACAAUGAUAAAGCAUCAUGGAAGCUGUAGUUUUAAUACAUCUGGGGAUCUACCUAUUGGGCACUACUGCUUUUGUGAAUAACCUUGUAAUUGUCUCCAUUUUGUUACCCUGUGAAUUUUUGUACAAUCUUUGCCCUUUUUGUCAUUGAGCAUACUAAGUGAAGGAAGAAUUUCCCUCCUCCAAUGUGUGCCCCGCAUGUGCAAGAACUAAGCUGCAAUGUGAUGUCACUUGCUAAAUAUCUAUCUAUCUAUCUAUCUAUUCAGUUCACAGUUAUUCAUGAUAGUAAAAUCUGCACUACAAAAGAUAGAGCCGUACAGCUUUUUUUCCCAACCGUCUCACCUUAAGAGAUGCUGGAAAGGCACGGGUAAACAUUUGAAUUAUUAUUUCAGGUGGAUCCAUUCAUUGACUUUCUCAGGUUAGUAUAGAGACACAAAUUAUGGCCCCAUUAAUAAUAAAAAUAAUAUUAAUAAUAGUAAAUUAUAAAGGGUGCAUGUGAAUCAUCAAUCACUCGUUCCCCCUGGUGUGGCUUGCUUGAGGGGGUUUUAUAAACCAUGUUGGAGUUUUCCCAUACCAUUUAGAAGCAGUAAGUAACCUCAUACUCCUAUCAGUAUUCUCUGUGAUCAUAAUGAUGCUUUUCUUAAAGGAGAAUUGUGACUUCCCAUGCUUUUUAAUACUGUGCUUAUCCUCUAUACUAAGUAAAUAUAUAUUUGUGAGGUUUUAAAUGUAGAAAUACAAACUUAUUUGUCUGGCAGUUGGGUGCCUCCAUCUUAGCUCCCUGUCAAUUAAAAGUUCUCUCCUUUGCACCAGCCAGUUAUAGCAUUGUAGGAACAUAUUAACCCCUUAAGGACACAUGACAUGUAUGACGUCAUUAUUCCCUUUUAUUCCAGAAGUUUGGUCCUUAAGGGGUUAAUGAAGGUUGAAAAAAAAAGGCUCAAGUCCAUAUCAGGUUCCACAAUCCACACUUCUGUUGAUCCUAGGCAAAAAAACCUGUUUAAAACAAUUUCCAAUUGUGCCAGAAGCAAAAUGUCAAAAGUAUACAGAGAAGAGGAUGUUUCUAUUUCUCCACCUCAUUUGCAUUGUGUGCCCUGCCUGUGCCUGGAAUGAACUGGAUUACGAGGCCAUUUGCUACAUCUUUAAUAUAAAUUAUUAAAAGCAAAAUAAAACAGAGCAUCAUAUGAAUGGAAGGUUUAACUCAACUUAUAAGUGAUUUGCAAUGGACUAGUUGUGUCCAUUCUGCCCUCCUAGCAUACAGUACCUAGGUGGUCCAAAGUAACUUCUCUUCAAUUGUGAUCCUAACUAUGACAUACAUUUAAUAUUUUUGGAUAAGCUUCACAAAUGAUUCAAAUCUGUUUAGAAAAUUAUUAACCACCAAAAGUCCCAUAGACUUUAUUGGUUUUUCUAACAUAUUUACAUAAUUUGAAAAGCACAUGAAAACAUAUUAAAUUGACACCUAUGUGUUAUGGAGAAACUUCCCUUUUCCUUUUUCUGAAAAAAAAAAAGAUCUUUUUUUUUUAAUAUUAAUCCAGCAUUAUGAGCCAAAUUUACAUAAUUCUUACUUUCUCUCUUUUGAAAUUGGUGUCCUUUGAUAUAGAAAAUCGCCUUCUCAGAUCCUGCAACUUGUAAAUCAAUCACCCAAAAACUGUCUGCAUAUAUAACAUACACCUGUACGUAUAGGCAAUCAAUAGACAAUUCAUUUUUGGCUACGAUCUCCAUCAAUAGAGAUUUUCAUUUUUCUUUAAUACCAUUUUCUUUUUUAUAUGACCAAGAUAUUUUUGUAAUUGAAGGAUGCCUUUACAGGAUUAGGGGGGUUGUAUGGUAUUGAUGGACCAGGAGAUUUGGCAUGUGCUAUGUGCUGGGGUAACUGUAUGGACAAUGUUAGUGACAAUGGUUCAGAUUAAUUGUGAUAUUGUAUGUUGGAGGGCAGCAUUUGGGGUUUAAUGUGAUUCUUGGCAAAAAACAAGGCUUCUGCCUAACUCAAGACUAUAAUGUCAUCUCCCAGGACAUAUUAAAUGUAGAAGCAAGGAAAGCAUUGUAAAAUUGCUGCAUAAAUAUAAAUCUUGCUGCACUAGGUUGAAAGGCACGUUGAUAGCAUUUGGGAUACAUGUGAAUGGAAUGUAGGAAUAGGUGAGACUAUUUCCCACAGACCCACUUGGUUAUUAGGGGUUCUGUGGACUCCAUUGUAGAAUUUUCCUGAGCCUUUCCUUCCUGUAUAGGAUUUGGCAGAUUAAAAAGCAGCUGCUAGGCCGCUUUCUAAUUUAGCAGGUGUUAUGAAGAUCAUCACUCAUUUGGUUUAGUUAUUAUCUUAGUGCUAUCAGCAGGCCUUUUGUUCUGUACAGCACCUUCAGUGCAGUUUAGCUGCUCUCAGAUAGACUUGACGGGAAAGAAAAGCCCAAAAGCCAACCUGCAUAAAGAAAACUGUUUAAAGGAUUGUUAUUUUUUAAAAUAUAUUUAUGUUGCAUUACAAUUUAAUCUUUGUGUAAUUUAAUCUAUUUGUUAUAUACAAUUUAGUCUGCAUUGAUCAGUUAUUUUUCCAUCAUGCUUGGCAAUUUCGAAAAGCUGGUAGGUUUUGAGUUUCCACCUCGAACCGUCUUGGAUGUUUUUUUUACACCUACUUUUCUGAAAGAAAUGUUUUUUUUAAAAAACAAUAAAAAUAAGUCUGAUUUGCAUAAAACAGUUAAAUAGAUAAAAUGAGCAGAGGUCUCUGGGACUCUGUUAAGCUCUUCUUCCAUCUUCCACACCAUGCAUGGUUGUUGACAGGUGGGAUUGCUUGAUUCCAGAAACACCCGGGGCUUGGGCCCAAUGGAAAAUUCAAUGACCCCUACACCAACAGACAGUUGGGGAUGUGUCAUGACAUAUCGGUACCUUUCUGUGUUAUGUCCCCUCCUCUACCCACUGGCCACUGCCAUAAUGAAGUAGGACGCAUAAAGUGCUCCCUGUGUUAAUUUGAAUUUAGCAUAUUUCUGAAUUGGCAAUACAUAUAAUAAAUACCAGUGCUGAAUGGGGGAUACCGCGUCUGGCUUGAGCCUCCCCUUGACAGGCAGAACUCCAUGGGAUGGGUCACAAUGGUGAUCUUUGUGAUCAUGUUAUUUCUGCCACUCUCUCUACCCAUUAAAAGCAUGUUGAUCUCUAGGAUCUCAAGGAACACAUUGCGAGAGACAUGCUGUACAGCCUCAAUGCAAUCCCACUACAUUAUCUAAUUGAUAGUGGGUGUGCAGCAAAGAUAAUUUUAUCAGCACUUCCUCCCAACAGUUACCUGGGGCACCAACCUCCUCCUCUUAAGUAGCCUGGAAGAGGACUAUGCCUCUAAUUUUUAUAACAGGUGGCUGCUUUGAAAAGCAGCUGUCUGAUGUAAAAUAAUAAUAAAAUUAAAAAAACCACUAAUAUCCUCCAUGGACUAUAGCGUCUCCACCCAGCAUCACCUGGGUUCCUGGAUUCCCUAUGGGACAUAAACAGCACCUCUAGUCUCCCUCCAUGUUUCCACUAAAUUCAGUUAAUUGAGUGACAAGUACGUUCAGCCAGUUGUAAUUGCAGUGGAAUGACUGCUACAGAAUUACUCUAUUUUUUAUGUAAAUAAUUUUUGUUUCUUUGUAUGCAGCCCUAGUCACACCUCCCCUGGCUGUGACUGACACAACCUGCUUAAAAACAAAAUGGUUUCAUUGUCUCAGAUUUUACCUUACUUUAAAGUUUUUUCUCUGCUCUAAACUUUAAUCACACAUAGGAGGCCCCUGAAACAUCUAGCAAGCUGUUACAGGAGCAGGAGAUGAGAAAUUCUAAAUUGAACAGAAAUUGCAUUUAAGGAAGUGUAAACAUUAGAUGACUCAUUACAGGAGAUGUUUAGGAAGGCUGGGUAAAUCACAUGCAGGAAGGUGUAACUAGUGCUGGAUAAACAAAGUGAUUUAACUCCUAAAUAGUAGAGAAUUUAGCAGUGAGAUUGCAUGGGGUAUGAUCUAUAAACCAAAACUGUUUCAUGAAACUAAAGUUGUUUUGGUGACUAUAGUAUCCUUUCAUUUGUUUAUUACAACAGUUGCUAAGGUUCUUUUUAUUAUUAUUUUACAUGAUGUACAGUCAGGUCCAUAAACAAUUCUAAUCUUUUUGGCUCUAUACACCACCACAAUGGAUUUGAAUUUAAAUGAACAAGAUGUGCUUUAACUGCAGACUUUCAGCUUUAAUUUGAGGGUAUUUACAUCCAAAUCAGGUAAACGGUGUAGGAAUUACAACAGUUUGUAUAUGUGCCUUCCACUUUUCAAGGGACCAAAAGUAAUGGGACAAUUGGCUGCUCAGCUGUUCCAAAAGGUCCAGAGUUCAUUUCAAGUGUGCUAUUUGCAUUUGGAAUCUGUUGCUGUCAACUCUCAAUAUGAGACCCAAAGAGCUGUCACUAUCAGUGAAGCAAGCCAUCAUUAGGCUGAAAAAACAAAACAAACCCAUCAGAGAGAUAGCAAAAACAUUAGGUGUGGCCAAAUCAACUGUUUGGAACAUCCUUAAAAAGAAAGAACGCACCGGUGAGCUCAGCAACACCAAAAGACCCGGAAGACCACGGAAAACAACUGUGGUGGAUGACCGAAGAAUUCUUUCCCUGGUGAAGAAAACACCCUUCACAACAGUUGGCCAGAUCAAGAACACUCUCCAGGAGGUAGGUGUAUGUGUGUCAAAGUCAACAAUCAAGAGAAGACUUCACCAGAGUGAAUACAGAGGGUUCACCACAAGAUGUAAACCAUUGGUGAGCCUCAAAAACAGGAAGGCCAGAUUAGAGUUUGCCAAACAACAUCUAAAAAAGCCUUCACAGUUCUGGAACAACAUCCUAUGGACAGAUGAGACCAAGAUCAACUUGUACCAGAGUGAUGGGAAGAGAAGAGUAUGGAGAAGGAAAGGAACUGCUCAUGAUCCAAAGCAUACCACCUCAUCAGUGAAGCAUGGUGGUAGUAGUAUCAUGGCGUGGGCAUGUAUGGCUGCCAAUGGAACUGGUUCUCUUGUAUUUAUUGAUGAUGUGACUGCUGACAAAAGCAGCAGGAUGAAUUCUGAAGUGUUUUGGGCAAUAUUAUCUGCUCAUAUUCAGCCAAAUGCUUCAGAACUUAUUGGACGGCACUUCACAGUGCAGAUGGACAAUGACCUGAAUCAUACUGCAAAAGCAACCAAAGAGUUUUUUAAAGGAAAGAAGUGGAAUGUUAUGCAAUGGCCAAGUCAAUCACCUGACCUGAAUCCGAUUAAGCAUGCAUUUCACUUGAUGAAGACAAAACUGAAGGGAAAAUGCCCCAAGAACAAGCAGGAACUGAAGACAAUUGCAGUAGAGGCCUGGCAGAGCAUCACCAGGGAUGAAACCCAGCAUCAGGUGAUGUCUAUGCAUUCCAGACUUCAGGCUGUAAUUGACUGCAAAGGAUUUGCAACCAAGUAUUAAAAAGUGAAAGUUUGAUUUAUGACUGUUAAUCUGUCCCAUUACCUUUGGUCCCUUAAAAAGUGGGUGGCACAUAUACAAACUGUUAUAAUUCCUACACCGUUCACCUGUUUUGGAUGUAAAUACCUUCAAAUUAAAGCUGAAAGUCUGCAGUUAAAGCACAUCUUGUUUGUUUCAUUUCAAACCCAUUGUGUUGGUGUAUAGAGCCAAAAAGAUUAGAAUUGCAUCAAUGUCCCAAUAUUUGUGGACCUGACUGUAUAUUUUCAUGGGUAGAAGAAGGGCUCGGUAGCUUUUGUUAAUAAUGCAGGAUUAAUAAAAGCUAUCUUACAGAGAGAAGUUAGGAUAGUCACACACACCUUAUCAAUAUUGGUUGACAAUAACUCUAAGGCAGUGACGGCUAACCUUGACACCAUAAUUUUUUUCUGGACAAUAUUUCUUAUGAUGCUCAGCUAGCUUUUAGACUCUAAAAGCUAGUGGAGCAUCAUGGGAAAUGUAGUCCAGAAAAAAAUUAUGGUGUCAAGUUGAUCCAUCACUGCUCUAAGGGAUACACUGGGCACCAAUACAAUGUUAAUGCAUUUGAUGUGUUUUAGCCUCAUUAGUAUGCUGUAUUUUAUUGCGUGCUCAUAUAUAUAUAUAUAUAGUUUUUGCAUACAAAAAACCCCAAAAUGUUUUGCUCAAUACUGCAACAUAGGCUUGCCUCUUUAGCCACAACCCCUUACUCCUGAAAAGCACUUCCUUAUUACAUGUAUGUACACAGCUCAGCCACUGACAGUACUGAAUGAUCUAAACUACAAAGCAACUUGCAUUAGAAGGAGAGGACUUUCAGGGAGACAUAUAGUAAGGAUAUCACUACCUGUUUCUCUGAUGCUCUGCAGCCAACUUGUGAAUUAUAAUCAACUCUUUCAGUGUUUUUAGUGUACAUACACUGAUAAGGAAGCCAUUCUGGUGUGAGGGGAUAUGGCAAAGGAGAAAGACUUAUGGUGCUGCAUUCUGCAAAACAUAAUUUUGGUGCAAAAACUAUGACGAUUUGAACAAGCAAACAAAUACAGCAUAUUACUGAGACUAAAACCUAUCAAAUGCAUCAAAGUUGUAUUGGUACCCAGAGAGUCCCUUCCAGUGACUUUUUACAGGUUGGCUUAAGUAAGACUUUUUUUUGUCAUGUUUUUAUAUUAGAGAAAAGGUUGAGUAUUGGAUGGCUUCAAGCAGCCGUUUUGAACUUUCCAGAAAAAAAGUAUUUUGAACAGUCAGACUUGAGCGGGUAUAUCACUUUGUAUUGUGCUGUACCUGUAUAUUAAUUAAGAAAAGAUCAUACAACUUCCCUUAAUUAAUUAAAAUGCAGAGGUGCAACUGAAACAAAUGUUUUUUCGCCCAAGCAGUCAAAUGGAUAAAAUAACACAUUUAUAAUAGGGAGCAAGCAAUGAACAAUAUAUGCAGUUAGCCUCUUGUCACUUGAAUGGUUUGGCUGUGCACAGUAUGCUAGGGGUUAAUGGUUAUUAUUAUUCUGUUGUCCUCUUGUAGGGAUUACCAUCUGAUUCAUGUAAUCCACAGAGGAAAGCACAUCUCAUUGUUGGAGAAUUACUCAGUGAAGCUGGAAUAGCAGGAAAAGAUUACGAAGGAAACACAGAGUCUAUAAUUCGGGGUCAUUUUGGUUUUACAUUGUAACAUUUGUUAGAAAAAGCUAAGAGGAAUAUUGUUUAACCUCAAAACAGGGGCUAUUCUGCAUUGAUGUGCUAAGAAAAGGGCCGUCACCGUAGAAACCAAUAGAAUGUCUUGAAACAUUCGGCAGGUAUUCCCGAAGUAGCACCUGUUGUGCCUUGACAAUUUUUUUCCCACAGGUGAUCUACUCUGCACUUUUCCAGGUACCCACCGUUGCUCCUACUUACAUAUUAAAUAUCGUACAGUUUUAUAAUGGAUUGAAUGCUAUGUUGUUUCCCAGUUAGACUGCACAGUAUAAAAUUUGAGCAGUUCUGGCAAAAUGCAAAACAGAGAGCAAUCAGCAGAAACAAAAAUCUAUUGGUUUCCACAGUGAUUGAAUUUUAUUUAUAAUUUUGCAUAAUCAUUUAUAUAUUUAUUUAUUCUCUAAAAUAUCCUCUAAUAGUAUAUUAUAAUGUAUACACACUUAUCAAUCAGUCCCACCCUGUCAAUAAAACAGGAAGCCAGCUGCCAAAUUCACUUAUGGUAUGUUCUGAAUUCCAGCCACAAAAUGGUGGAAAUUGCAAUCCGAGCUAAUCCCUCUGUCUGAAACCAGCAUUUUGACUUUCAUUAUCCUACACACUAAAUCGAUUGCGAAGUCUGUGCUCAGAAUACCUCUCCUACAAAGCGUACACCAUAUAUUAUCAGCCUAUUAUUAUUUAUAAGGUCUUUAAAUAUUUAAUACCAGUGGCAGCACAGAGUACAUCACUAUGUAAAAGCAGCUAGCUAAUUUCCACAUUGACUGGUAGGCUAGAACAGCAGCUACAGAAAUUGUUUUGGUCUAUCUAUCUAUCUAUCUAUCUAUCUAUCUAUCUAUCUACCUGUCUGUCCAUCUAUAUAUCUAUCGGUCUAUCUAUCUAUUUAUUUGUCUGUGUCUAUCUAUCUAUCUAUCUAUCUAUCUAUCUAUUUAUUUCUCUAUCUAUCUAUCUGUGUCUAUCUAUCUAUCUGUGUGUCUAUCUAUCUAUCUAUCUAUCUAUCUAUCUAUCUAUCUAUCUAUCUAUCUAUCUAUCUGUCUGUAUGUCUAUCUAUCUAUCUAUCUAUCUAUCUAUCUAUCUAUCUGUCUGUCUAUCUAUCUAUCUAUCUAUCUAUCUAUCUAUCUAUCUAUCUAUCUAUCUAUCUAUCUUUCUUUCUUUCUUUCUUUUCUUUUUUCCUUUGUCGGAACCUCUCUCUUUUUAACACACACGCACAUGCAAACACAUAAAACACUAUAGAACAUUCUUCCACCUAUCUUCGGAAUUACUCACCUCUUUCUUUAUUUCCCAAUCCCAAUACCCCUUCAUGAAAAUACCUUUCAGUAUACUUUAUAUUGAUUAAUUCAUCAAAACGUUUGCAGUGAAAUUUCAGAUAAGGAUUUAUUAAAUAUCAACACAUUGUUCUACAUCUAUUUAUUUGUCAUUGCCCUCCUCCGGUGAUUUCAUAAUUUAAAGGAACAUACAUCAAUUCGACACAGCUGUCUCAUAGCAUUUUUCAUUUUAGAUUUGAAUGAGACAGUUAGCUCACUCUACAGGCUGAAAAAAGCAGGUAAAUAUGUUUUUUUUUUUCAUUUUUACAUGCUUCUUCAUUUUUAUGCUUUCCACACUCACUCCUGGAGUUACACUGAUGUAACCAAUCAGAACCCUAUCCCUAGGAAUGCAGAAAUUGAAUUGGGCAUUCAUGAUUGCAGUUGGAAGAUCUCUGUCAGGUUUCUCUCUCCUGCUGCUGCACAAUGAUGCCCCAUUUCUGUCAUUAAUGGACUGGUCUGAAACUGAGAUGGGUGGUAGUUGGGAGGGAGAUGAAAGGCAUGCCUAACAAUGCAAUCUGACCAAGUUUAUAGAACGUUUAUAAAUGCUUAGUACAUACUUACAAGUUUUCCUGGCUUUAUUUUUGUCUGUUUAUUGGUAUAAAAGUGUUUGAUUGCUGUUUUUAUAAAAAAAUAUUGUCAAGCAAUGCAUGUCCAUUUAAGGGUUACCAUAUUAUUUUUCUGGUUGUAAGUUUAAUGACACCAAGUGCAGUAAUAUUUUCCAGAACUGUCUUAUUUUUGUGAGCCUUCUUUAUUUCGUACAAAAAUGUUUAGCAAUUAUGCUGGCCACUUCUUCUUUGGGCACAUUAUACUAUACUAAUAUAGUUACUCAUGAAAAUAAGGGGAACACCUGUUUUUGAAAUAUCAAUUCUUGGCUUGUCCAUAUCAUAUCUGUAAAAAGUGAUGUAGAAUUUUAAAGACAACAGUUUUUAAUUUUAACAAAGAUAAGGGGAGUCUAGGAGCACCUAACCUUUAAUAUUUUAAGGCAGCCCUGUUAGUGCAAUCCUCUGUGGCAUGGUAGAAUGGAUUAGAAAAGAGAUGUCAAAGCACAAAAUCGUUGGUCUUCUCUGUCCCACCUAGUAACCUUUUGUAGAUACUAACAAAACACAAACCCACCAAAGUUACCGCUUGUGGGAAUACUUGGUGUUUGGCUCUACGUUGUCUCCCUUAGACUACUUAAAAAGGUCAGAGAUAAUUGGCCUGAAGGACAUUGGAGCAAAUAAAGAGCUAGACAGGAAUCUAGAUACCCUUAAUGGGUUAGAAUUAUGCCUUUUAGCUGAGCUAUCUAGCUUAUUAAAGUCUCCAGGUUUACAUGAUACCUAUUUUGAUGGUGCAGGAGGUCCCUGUUGCUGACUUACCUCUAGGUGUUAAACCACAACUUAAAUGUGUUCCUAUAAAAUGUAAUAUUCAUGUUGCAUUCAUAAUGAUAUUUAUUAUCUAAACCCGAUCGAGAAUUAACGAUUUGACCAUGCAAAUAUUUCCCCUGAUCAAUAUAAUUCUAUCCUCUAAUCAAAGGAUACAAACACAGUACAUUUAAUGAAAUAACUUAUUUUCUCUGAUAUGGCUAUGUUUUACAUUGUCUGAAAAAAAAGGGAAAUGGUUUGUGCACUAAAAACACUUCUUUUAGAUGAUUGUCCCUUGAAGAUUUUGUUUAGAUGCAUUAGACUGUAGUUCACAAUUUAGAUAGCCUAAUGAUUGGAUAAGUGGUCUCAACUGCUAAUGACUUUCUCAUCUGGGUAUUGAUCCAUAUGAUUCAUAUGACAUACCAUAGAAACCACCAUUUUGUGCCAUGAACAGAGCUACUGUGCAUAUUUAGCUAUUUCAUGGUUAUCUGCAGUUGUCUAGCAAUACAUGUCAAUUAUAUGGACACUUAACUAACUGUGGAGCAUGAAUAAGAGGAGGCUAGAGCAAUUUGCCCGACUAAUGAUGCAAUAUACAUUUAGUAAGAAUUCAAUAUUGAGAACAAUCUUAUUGUAGAACCAUAUUUGUUUAUAAAUUACUACUCUGGGACAAAGAAGAUUUAGGAAAUACAUUCCGGCGGAUCAAACCAUUAUUCCCUGUAAUGCCCAGUGAAGUGAGGGCCCCAUAAUCUCAAGGCAAUACUGGGACAUGUGUGUCCCCGCUUGCACAAGGUUAGUGGGAUUAGUGGAAGCCUUUUCCUGACAUGAACUAAAGAUAAGAGCUGAAAAUAACUGUAACAGUAUGUUCUGGUGCAGAACCUUGAUUAAAUUGAACCCUAGCACUAACCCUAACAGCAACAGUAACACUAAUGGCCAAACCUGCCCAGAAAGAGGAGCAGCCCAAAGAAGCGACAUGCAUCAGUAUGUGCUCACAUAUUGAUUGCUGGGGACAAUUUCCUGGUGUCCAUAAAUGUGGGACACUAGGGAACCAACGAGAAGUGUGGGUCUAGAUUCCUUAAUUGUGAAAGCCUUGCCAGGUCCAUGAGUUCUGGGAGGUUAUUAAUAGCAGUAAUAAUAAAUAACAGUCCUCCGGAUACAUAACUAACUGAUUCUCUGGGUCAAGCUGAAGCAGCCAGCUCACAGGUUGUGAACUGCAAUCAGAAUUAUCUCCUCUUGGUUAUCUGCUUAUUUCAUGACAGCUGGAGAUUAGGAUUCCUCAUUUAGGUACAAUGACAUAAGAGCAUCGCCUGAAAGCAAAGUGAAGAUAAUAACUGAGUGUGAGGAAGUGGAACUGGUCUUAGAUGUGUAAGAGCCAACUUGAACACGUGACUUGAGGACUGGAUUAUGAAGUCAGCCCCGACAGUAUCACAAAGUUAUAAAUGAGUUUCUGGAAAUGUUAAGGUUUCGUAGAAAAUCUGGAUGUGGAAAUUUUUUCAAAUGAUUUUACACUGGAUUGACACUGACAUUUUUAUGAAUUUGCACAUUAGGAGGUAUUUGUUUGUUCCUUUGUAGUCAAAAUGGCAGAAAUGUUCAAUGAUUGAUUGUUGAGUUCAAUCUCAUUAAACCACUUAUUUCAAACUAUUAUAUUACAACUAAAAGAAAAUGUGAUUGCAUGUGACAGGAAUAGACCAGUUAAUCACAUUUGGGUUACGGUACGGUCAUGACACUAAGAGUAAAUCCUUUGCAUCAAAUCUGUUGCUUAUUCACCUCGAUUCUGAGCGGGUUUUGCAAAUGUUGAGUGAAUAUUCUCUGAAACCUUGCUUCUAAAUUACUCAGGCAGACCCUGGCUCUGUAUGUAAUAGUGUCUUUGUGUGUGGGGGUUUAUAAUAAAAUUGUCAGUGGGUUUGGACAUCUCCUGGCACACUACACAGAAGGUGGUGGGGCAGCAAGAGUUACCUUAAAUCAAAACAUUUACCAUAUGGAUUGUAGGAUUAAACCAGCCAUUUUGAAUUCUGAUUACUCAAGAAAUAUUUUGAGUAUAUAUUUAAAUAUUAUAUUCUAUUUAUAAUGUUGUAUUGGCAUUUUGUGUUGUGGCUUGUCCUGCACUUAGCACUUAAAUAGGAUGUUUGCACUUUGUGCAUUUUGUUAGAUUGUUUAUUAUACUAAUGGAAGCCUUGCUUGCUUGUGGUUCUAACCUUCUCGUAUUAGCAAAUCAAUCUCUUGCUUUUUAUUUUUGUUUUAUUUUGGUCUUAGUGAACAAUUCUCUUGUAAACACAAGAGCUUUUUUUAAAUUAUUUUCGUCAUGGAUAAACUAUAUCCCAAGAGCUAACCACCUUAGCACCCACAGGAGGUGGCCAACUGAGGAAGAACAGAGGCAGAAGUGGUGAAGGAGCCGUAAUAUCUGUGCUCUUCCAGCACUGCUCCCUAGUGCGCCCUGCACUGAUGUUGGGAGCCGGGGUUCUGACGGCACUCCAGCCCCAGCAUUACUAAACAGUGCUGGAAGAGUAUGAACAUUACACAAGCCCCUCACUGAACCCCAGGGAAAGGAUCAACUACGGCUCUCCCAAAUUUCUAAUUCACUUAGGGUUUAACUCACUGUCUGAGAGCAAUCAGCUGACAAUGUAGUUGUUAUGGUGCUUGGUGUUUUCCUUUACAUAAAAACAAAGUAUUAUCGCUUAGUUUAUAUAUUCAGUACCCACAUACAGGACCACCCUUGCCAUUUGCACAAACCCAGGUAAGAAAUUUUUUUGUCCCCCACAUUCCCUAGAUCUGAAAUCACCCCUUAGAUAAGUGUUUCUCAACCUUUUAUGAAGAAGUACCCCUGCAAGUUUAAAAAAAUUCCUAAGAACCCCUACUUCGAUAAUGUAAUUUCUAUUGAUUUAAAUUCCAAAUGAAAUGUGUAGGCAUGGAUAUUUAAAUUAGUCCCUGAUUGGAGAACAAGCCUAAAUAAAGAAUAUAUUUUAAAAUAAAUAUGACAUAAUGAUAAUCGUGUAUUUUAUGAUAUGUGUAUGAACUCUUAUUUAAAGUAUAAAAGUCACAAAAUGAAAGUAUAAUACACACAUAACAGUUACACAUACAGGACACUGAUACACACACACACACACACAUUUACACACAUAGGACACUGACACACAUAUUUAUACACAGAGGACACUGACACAUGCACAUACUUAUGCACAGUAGACACUGACACACUUACAUACAGAGGACCCUGACACACACAUAUUUACACACAGAGGAAACUGACACACUCACUGACAGACACACUCUCACUGAUUGACACACUCUAACAGCCACAAUUACUGACACACACAUUCACUGACAGGCACACACUGACUGACACACACUCACUGAUUUGACACUGACAGACACACAAUCUCACUGAUUUGACAUACACUUACAGAAACACACAUGCAACAAUUUGAUACACACUGACACACACACUCACUGAUUUUACACACACUGAUAGACACACUUACUGACACACAAAUUCACUGUCACACUCACUGGCAGAAACACUCGCUGACACACACACUGACUGACACAUACAUAUUCUCUCACACACACUCACAAAUUAUUAUUAUAUUUUAGUUUAUUUUUGUAUUUAUGUUCACCUGGCCUAAAUCUGGGGGCGGAGUGCAGGCCAGCAUUUAAUGUACCCAUACCAUCAGUCACACAUACCAUGGGUUGAGAAACUAGGGGAUACACCGUAUGACAAUGAGUGUGUGUCAGUAUAAUUGAAAGUGUGUGUGUCAGUGAGCGAAUGUCAGUGUGUGUCAGUGCAAAUGUGUGUAUUGGUUAAACAGUGUGUGUCAGUAUCAGUGAGAAUUUGAGUCUAUCAGUGAGUAUGUGUGUCAGUUUAUGUGUAUCAGUGAUAGUGUGUGUCUGUGAGUGAGUGUGUUUAUCACUGAGUGUAUGUCAGUCUAUGUGUAUCAGUGACAGAGUGUCUGUCAGUGAGAAUGUGUGUGUCUGUCAGUGAAAAUGUGUGUUGGUUAAACAGUGUGUGCAAACGAGUGUUGUGAAAGAGGAGAGGUAGGAAGUUUGACUACUUACAUGAAGUGGGACUAGGGCACUUCUGACCCUAAAACCAUUACUGCCUGUUAUAGUGAUAAUGCUGUUUGGAGUGAUCCUUUAAGUGUCCAUUGACCUACAUGAGGGGCUCCUGACUGAAAGUAGUUUGGAGUAGGCAAAGGUCAACACUAAUGAUGUGGUGUAUGCGGCUUUGCACAAAAACAUGCUCACUCUUGGUCAUUAUCUUCUCAUUGUUUAGUUUUUUUAAAGUUUUAAUGUAUUAUCGAUACAAUGCAUUAAAGAUGUAUGGGUCAGUUCAAGAUUAGAGAACCCUUCAGUGUUUUGUUUUUUCAAAUCCCUUGUAUUUAUUUCUAUGAAUACAUGAUACAGAAGUAUCACUAUUGAUAUGAUAUCCAUAUCCCCUCCACCUUGCAUUUUAUUUGUUCUCUGUAGUAUGGAGUAAGGAAUCACUGUUUAUUCCAGGGGUAGCAAACUUUUUUAUACCUACCGCCCACUGAUGCAUCUUUCUUGAUGGAAAUAUUUUGUUACCGCUUACCAGUUUUCGGGGUUUUUUAGCGCAAGUGCAGAAUAUUUUUUAGAAAGGAGGGUGUUUAAAAAAAAAAAAAAGUGCGUAAAUUUAUUUUUAUGUUUGUAACUUUUAAAAUGAGAAAAUAAAAAAGUACAUUGAAAUUACCUUUAACUAGUGAUUAAUGAGAUCCUUGAGGCUGAUGCUGCGAGACUAAAUAUUUGAUAUCUGGUUCAGUUUUCGUAAGGAGCAAAUGAAGGCCUCCUCUUUCGGUGAUAUUCAGACGGUUUCUCUGUUUGCUCAUAAUAUGAUUUCUCAUUCGUGCAUUAGCUCCCCUCCUCAUCCCCCUCCCCACCUUUUUCUAUUUUUCUUUUCUUUUAUCUUCCUUAUAGCAAUGUCCAGCAGGAAGGCUGAGCUAGCUAGCCCACUUAUGAUUAUUAUUAGCCAACAACAAUUCUCUCCUUCUCCUUCCUAUAUUUUUUAUUUUCCUUCUUUCUUCUAUUUUACAAGUACUCUGCUCCUUCUUUCUCGUAUUCUACAAGUACUCUGCUCCUUUUUUCUCCUUUAUAACAAGUACCGUUCCUUCUUUCUCCUUUUUUACAAGUACUCUGCUCCUUCUUUCUCCUAUUCUACAAAUACUUUGCUCCAUCUUUCUCCUAUUUUACAAAUACUCUGCUCCUUCUUUAUCCUUUUUACAAGUACUCCGCUCCUCUUUUUCCAAUUCUACAAGUACUCUUCUCCUUCUUUCUCCUAUUCUACAAGUACUCUGCUGCUUCUUUCUCCUAUUUUACAAGUGCUCUGCUCCUCUUUCUCCUAUUGUACAAGUACUCUGCUCCUUCUUUCUCCUAUUUUACAAGUACUCUGCUCCCUGCUACCGUGUAUCCCCCUACUCCAACUCCUCCCCUUCCUCUACGCGCGUGUUACACUCGUUACGUGCACACACGUUCGUACGUGCGCACACGUUCAUACGUGUGCAAACACACGCGCGUUUGUGCACUCUCAUAAUCACGCCAGCACUUCCUGCUAACCACUGAGUGCGCGAAAGAUGAAUAGAGCGUUCAUCUCUCUGGAUGGAGGAAGGAUUCUACUUGGGCCCUAGAACCCACUACCGCCCACCUAGAAUCCUGAAAUGCCCACUAGUGGGUGGUAGGGACCAGGUUGACGACCCCUGGUUUAUUCAGUGCUGAUAAAAAAAAAUGAUGACAUCAUAGCAAAUCACUAUUCAUAAAACCUGUGUGUAACGGAGCUCCUUGUACUCCGACUGAGUACCCUCCGUUGACGGAUGCUCAUAGCGCUUCCUGAGGACUCCAAGCGCUGCAGCAGACACUGCAGACUCCGCAACCGCCGUAUCUUGACUGGAGUCUCACCGUCUUCCUUCCACCCUGGAUCAGCUUCUGUCCUCCAGGACUGUGUGGGAAAGAACUCUUCCUUCCACCCUGUAUGAACCUCCAGCAUCCAGGACUGUGUGGUGAAGACCCCUCCUCCAAGGAGAGCGUGUCAGGAACAAGCUCUUAAAAGAGCUAAGUGACUCAAGCUCAGGGGAGCAUGCAGAACAUAGCAAUCCCCAGUGUGAUUAGAACAGCUCCCUCCAAUAACGAGACAAGGCUACAUUUAGAGGGAUCAAGAAGAACUGUCAAAACCUUUAUUCCCUUGGGACCAGCCAAUACAGUCACCACAAUAACAUUGUUGUGAAACCUCAAUAAAAUCACAAACAGUCAAACCAUAUCAAGAAACACACAGUGACUUAUCACAACACAAUGGCACAUUUUUAAAGGGGUGGGGGGAGACAAUAUUUAACAGUAAAUAUCUCACCUGCCUGCAGAAUUAGCAAUAUGCAAAUCUACCCGAAUAUGCAAAUGAACCAGUCUUGCAAUUCAGGUAGUGCAUAUUGCUGUUGCUACCAACAGAGGGCACUAGACAAGCUCCAUAGCCAAACCCACCUAGUUGGUAGCAAACCUCAGCAGUACAGGAGAGCAGGCAAUACAUUUCACAGUACACACACACACACACUAUAAACAAUUACAUUACACACACCCUGUACCUAUAAUGGGUACAGGGUGACUAAAACAUAAGAUAAAUAAUGCAGCCUACAUAAAUAGUCUGUCUGAAGGUAGACUAGGGGCUUUAAAACCAAAUACAGGAAAGAGUCAUAGUCACAGGGGAGGAGGCUGGCAAGCAGGCCUCUCCAGGACCAAGUGGCGAAGGGCACUUCGUCACACUGUGCAAGAAGAAAUUUGGGAUAAGUUCACUAAAUGUGUGAAUUAUAUUAACAAAUAGUUCUUAAAGAGUGGAGCACCAGUGAACUCCUGGCACAAUAACCAUUAGAGCAUGCUGUAGUGGUUAUGGUACUUAAAGUAUCCCUUUAAAAACAGAAUGCCUUAGCUACAGCAUUUGGGGUCCUUUUAAGCCCAUCUACUUAAAAUUAUUACUUGGUCCUAACCUAAUUUUAUACACAGAAUUAAAGAAAGAGAAAUAUUUUAAUAUUUAAUACUUACAUAUUAAACUCAGCAAAUUCUCUUGGAACAAAGUCAACAAAGUACUCACAAAAUACUACUUAUUUGCCACUGAAUCUUUCCGUCCAUUUAUAAUCCUCUCUGGGAUUUGAGAAGUGGCACAUAUGUAAUGGAUGAGAUGCUAGUAGAAUCUUAAUUGGAGUGCUACUCUGUCUCAAAUUACUAUAGAAUAGGUAAAAAAAAAAAUUAAACCACCACCAUAACGCAAGCAUAUUUCAGUUUUUGGGCCUUAACUUUUUUAUUCCCUUACAAUACAAGGUUACAUAUCACUGUUUAUCGAGGCAAUAAAUGCAAACAAGAAAAGCAUUUAUGAUGAUCUAUUUUUCACAGGUUCAGGAUUAGAGAAUGAUGCACAAAUAUCCUAGCUGCAUGGGCAUGACUAUUUUAAAAGAUCUACAAACAUCGUAUACAAUAUCUUGUGAAUUAUUCAAUAUUCCAAACAGCAAUAUUUUAGUAUUGCAAUAUUUUCAGUUUUGUUAUUUGAAAAAGCUAAUUUGUUGGACUUGGACACAGCAUCACCUCAUUUGAUUAUAUGACUAAUCUAAUUUCGGUUGCAGAAGGUGCACGGUCUUACAAAAGUCUGUGAUCUACAAAAAAGCAAAUGAAAAGGGUAUGCUUUUCAAAAACCAAAUGGCAGUUCUGAAAGAAAAGUCACAUUUAUUCAGUGGUCCGCAAUGUGGAGAUUUAUUUGGCUGAUCCAGGAAUGAUCCCAAAGGAUCAGCUAGUGAUUGAUUUGGACAUUUUAAGGCAUGUCGUCUUGAUUUACGGAGAGAAGAAAGCACAGUGUAUAAAAUUUAUGAAUUCAAGGAACACUAUCGUCAAAAAUAAAUAUAUUUAAUUUUGAGUUAGUUGUGUUCCUAUUUUAAUGUAGAUUUUUACCCCUCUUGACUACAAAAAUGCUCCGCUAAACAUACCUGCAAUCUGGCUCAAAGUCAAACUCCUUUUUGCAGUACACAGCACGACCAUCAAUCACGAUGAUCUCAUGCGCAACAAUCAGCAUGAUCUGCCAUGAACACUAUGUUCAAGCAUUGUCUGUAUUUGCCAUCAACAUGCUGUGUGUGAUAAUGCCAAAAACAAAGACCUUUGAAAAUUGAAGGUCUUCAAUAAGAAACAUGUGCAGAUAGUCAGCCACUAGAGGUGAGUUUUGGCCAAAUAAUACUAGCUUUCGGAAAUGGCAAUAGUUCAUAUUGUCUGAGAAAAGGAGCAGAGUCUUUGUAUCACAAUCACUUUGUUAAGAUGAAGUGUUUUUGGUGCUUAGAGUGUCCAUUUAAGAAGAGACAGCACUUACAGAAUUCUGAUUAGAAAGAGAUAGUACCGUUAGCUGUCAGUGAAAACUCUAUGUUCUCUACCUUGUAUUAACAUAGAAAGGGUAUAACUAAGAUCCAGGGAUUUUUAUAUCUUAAGGAACUAACAUACACUCCACGAAAAUGUGAACAUGAUGCAACUGAUAUGGUUUCUGUAAACUGCACUGGACUGUUUGUGAAAGUUACAUUGUCUUUAGUGCAGUUACGGAAAGCACUAAUAUGAAUGAAAAAGAAGUGUUAUAUUAUUUAAGAUGCAAUUUCAAGGUAAAUAAUAAGUAUCUUUAGCCCUGGUGAAAUGAAAGGGAGUGAAUUGCAUGGAAACAAGUAGAUAGCAUGUUAAGUUUAAAUUGCUGUAACCAUUUCAGGGAAAUCUAUACAUUCAGUGGCAUCAAUUUCUUUUGCCUUUGCUCACCUUUCUGGUCUUCAUGUCCCAAGGCUGGUCCAAUGGGGUGACUGCCAAAACUUCGACCAUUCAUAUGUGUGAUAUCUGGGAACACCAGAGAACUGAUCGUAGCAAAUAAAACACAAGAACAUCAUUAGACUCGACUGUACUGUAUCAAAUGAGGGCACUAAGACCUUGCAGAGAGAGCUUCUCGAUGCAUUGUCUGCUCUAAAUCAAGAUGGCCAGGGGGGCUGUCAAUCAGCUUAGUAGGCAUUCAAACCAAACUAACAUGGCCCUUCCGCAAGUCAUCUCCCCUUUCUAGGUAGGGUCACCCAUUUUUGGUAUCACCAGUGACUUAGGCUGUCACUGACAUGCCCACCAACGUCCUAAGUUCAUUCUUCACAAUUUUGGGAGGCACGGGGAACUACAUUGACACCUCUAGAGCUCCCAUCCUCUUAGAUCAGGGAUAGGCAACCUUUGGCACUCCAGAUGUUGUAGACUUAAUCUCCCUUGAUGCUUUGUAAGCAUCAUGGCUGUAAAAGCAUUUUGGGAGAUAUAAUCCACAACAUCUGGAGUGUCGAAGGUUGACUACCCUUGUCUUAGAUCAUGUUCACAUUAAACAUCUGUGUUCACCAACAGUAGAAUGAAGUGAAAGGAGAGAAAAGACAGAUAAUUGCUUCAAAAUGUUCAACAACAGAGCCAUUGACUGCUGGUUAAUCUGUUUUCUUAUUGUGACACCAAACCACGGUAACAAAUCAAUUAUGGUAGCAGCCCAAAUUUGUGCGUCUUGAUAUAGUCUUUAUUACUUAUACGUCAGUUUAAUAUCAUCCCUUGGGUUAAUAUGGAGCUAUGAUGUCAGCUUUAUUGUAAGACUUGUGGAAAAUGUCAUCAUUUAAAUUCUGACCAAGUUGCAGAUGGGAGGCAAAGCAUUAGAGGAAAAUCUGCCUAACUACAGUUAAAUCUAACAAAUGGAGAUCUUUGCUUCUACAUGGUAGGAGCUGCCCCCCUGCAAGAAUCUGAAAUUAUUUAUUUAUACCAAGAAGAGGGAACACACUCCCUUCACUACUGCAUAUUUUAUGAGAUUGGGGGCUGCUAUAUCUCGGCUUCGCUUCGUGAAGAUCUUGGUGCUAGCUCCAUAUGUUCACGCUGCCUGCAAAGCAGGACCACAGCAGGGCGAGAAUUAAUGAAACACUCAAUUAACAACUCUCUGUCUGAGGGAUACUGACUAGAUAAGGCAAAAGAACCGUCAGGAUCUGAAAUGAAUGCUGUGAAAAAAAUAGAAUUGGUGCAGAAAAACAUUUUCUUUUCUAUCUAUUACCUGUUUGUUUGUCUAUCUGUUUGUCUACCUAUUUGUAUGUCUAUCUCUCUACCCAUCUAUCACACCACAUAGGUUAUUCUGGUUUGACUUAUUUAUUUAUUGAUUGAUAACUGGGUAAUACCAUAAAUAAUGCAUUUCAAAGAUCUAAAUUUGAUUUCCCUGUGACCUAUAAAAUGGAUAGGUUUUUGGGAAUUGUAAUUAGAAAAGAGCCCUAUGCAUCGCUGUUUACAUUAAAUUAUUUGUAAUGCAAUUUCUAUUUUAUACCCCUAUUGUAAAAUUGUACAGCACUUUGGUAUAUAUUGGUGCUGUUUGAAGAAGGAAUGUUGUUUUCAAGGAUUUAUAAUAACAUUUUUACAUAUACACUAUGAUUAAAAACAUGGAUUCUCAAUAGAGUCUAUUUGUACAUAUACCCUGGAACUACCGGUAAUAAAUUCAAAAUAAAAUAGAAGUGAAUUUCAAAUUUGAACUGGAAAAAAUCUCCUAGUCUUUGUUAAGUUUGGCUACUCUGACCAUCUAUCUAUCUAUCUAUCUAGCUAUCCAUCUAUCUAUCCUGUUUUUAUUUUUGGAAGCUACAUUCCUAUAAUGUCAUUAUGGUUGCUUACACAGCUCAUGAACAUUACUUGGAGUACAUCCUACAUUGUAUAUAAUCAUGCCUCUUACAAAACUAUCCAAUCUAAAAUAAUAAUAAUCUAUUUUAGGAUCUAGGACUGCAUUUAGUUUGUAGCAAUGCCACAGGUUCUUUAUUUCUGGCAAUUUACCUCAUUGCCAUCCUAGCUCACAUAGUUGGCAAGAUUUGUGUAUAGAGGUGGGGAUAUGGCUUCUAGUGCGAAUACUUAAAGGGGCAUUCAUCACUUUGAGACAACUGUCUCAUUCUAAAGCUUUAGUUUUUAAUGAGACAGUAGUCUCAUUCUGUGAGCAAAGAAAGCAGGAAAGUAUGAUAUUUGUUUGUUGUUCAAAUUUUCCAGAUACAGCCAAUCAGUGUCCUAUCCCUAGGUGGGGAUUUGUAAUUUAUAAAAAUCAACUCUAUACAAAUAGAGGAGCACUUCCCCAAAACAGCAUCUCAUGGUGGCAUUUAAAGGAUUUGCUUGUGGUCGCCAGUCUCCUGGAUGUCCUGCUAGCCCCUGGAAUGUAGAGAGGCCUGCUGGUAGAUCUGCUGGUUUGUGAGCUGGUAGGGAUGUUGCAGUAUAAAGUGUGUGUAAAAGUGUUUAUGUGUAAAAGUAUAUGUGUGUCUGUAGAUAGAUAGAUAGAUAGAUAGAUAGAUAGAUAGACUGGUUUUCAAAAAUGUGUGGUCUCUCGGAAAUUUCCAUAUUUUCCCUAAAAAUAUACAUGAGCUGUGCUUUGGGUCAUUGUCCUAUUGGAGAAGGAAAUUGAAUUUAAUUAAGCGCAAUCAACAGUGUAGAGCUUGGCAAUGCAAAACAUAGCAUUCCUUCUUCAGGCCCCUGUUAUCCUAUAUAAAUCUCCCACUUUACCACCACCAAAGCACCCCCAGACUAUCAAGUUGCCUCCAUCAUGCUUGCAGGAGGAGUGCAGAAGUGCUUGCGAGCACUCCAGCAGCAUCUUUUCAUUUGGUCUGUUUCACAAGUGUUCUUCUUUGUAAUCUGAAUACACAUACUGAGAUUCUUCUAUCCAUAACACUUUUUUCCAAUCUUCCUCUGCCCAGUGUCUGUGUUAUUUGGCCCAUCUUAAUCUUCUCUUUUUGUUGGCCAGGCUGAGAUAUGGCUUUUUCUCUGCAAUUCUGCCUAGAAGGCCUGCAUCCCGAAGUCGCCUCUUCACUGUUGGCGUUGAGACUGGUGUUUUGCCGGUACUAUUUUAUGAAGUUUCCAGUUGAGGACUUGUGAGGCAACUAUUUCUCAAACUUGACACUCUAGAGUCAGUUGUUGCUGUUCAGUUAGAGAGUAGUACACAACGUUGUAUGAGAUCUUCAGUUUCUUGGUAAUUUCAUGCAUGGAAUAGCCUUCAUUUCUUAGAACAAGAAUAGACUGACAAGUUUCAUAAAAAGGUUCUUUGUUUCUGGCCAUCUUGACCCUGUAAUGGAACCCACAAUUGCUGAUGCUCCAGAUACUCAUGUAGUCUAAUGAAGGCCAGUUAUAUUGCGCACAGUUUUCAGCUCUACUAACAUAAUUGUUAAAGGGUUUUCUAAUGAUCAAUUUGACUUUUAAAUGAUAAACUUGAAUUAACAAAUACAACAUGCCACUGGAACAUGGGACAGAUGGUUGCUGAUAAUAAGUCUCUGUAUGCCUUCUGUAAAUAUUCCAUUAAAAAUCAGUUGUUUCAAGCUACAAUAGUCAUUUACAACAUUAACAUUAACAAUGUCAUGCUGUAUUUAUCAAUUUGAUGUUAUUUUAAUGGACAAAAAAAUACUUUUCAUUCAAAAACAAGGAAAUGUGUGUGUAUAUGUGUAAAAUUAUGUGCAGGUCUGAUCCUAGGGUCACAGAUGCUUGGGUGCAAAAUUUGUUUUUGGCGCCCCAUGAGAGCAUAAUCAUCUUACUAUCUCCUCCCCAUUUACAAAUGUCAAGAUAUGCAUGUUUCUAUGCAAGAUCAACACUUCAUCGUCACCUCUGCCAGCUUCCUGCCUCCUCUACCCCCGCCCUGUCAUAUAUCAACAGAGUAGGCACCUGCCAUCUAGGUAAGCAGGUGCCUACUCUGCCUUAUUGAAUUCUUGGGGUUCGCCACCUCCUGUACCCCCUGUACCAGGGGUCCUCUCAGUGCCCCCACCUUCAGGUGUCUGAGUGCAGUGCACUUCGUGCACCCGUCCGGGAAUGGCCCUGAUUAUGCGUGUCAAAAAGUACAUAUAUUAUUAUUACUGUUGUUAUAACUGGUGUUUAUAUUGCACCAGCAUGUUCCAUAGCGCUUUACAAUAUUAUCAAAGGGGGAGAUUUAACAAUAAAUGAGACAAUUACAAAAACUUACAGGAACAAUAGGUUGAAGAGGGCGAUGCUCAAACGAGCCUACAGUCUAUAGAAGGUGGGGUGUAAAACACAACAGGACAGGAAGUAGCAAUCAAACAAGGUGGAGUGAAGCAGAGAUGGAGGAGAGAGUAGAGUGGUGCCCUUUAGGAGAGAGCAAGAGACAGGUAUGUGAGGAAGAGGUUACUCUGGGAGGACAUAAACUUUCCUAAAGAGGUGGGUUUUGAGGCACUUUUUAAAUGAUUGAAGACUAGGGGAGAGCUUGAUGGUCAUAGGCAGGCUGUUCCAAAGGAAAGGAGACACCCGCGAGAAGUCCUGCAUGCGUUAGUUGGCUGUACGGGUACGAGCAGCAGAUAGGAGAAAGUCAUGGGCAGCGCGGAGAGACCGAUAAGGGGAUAUAUAUACACAUACACAAACAUGUAUAUAUGUGUGUGUGUGUGCAUACUACAUACACAAACACACACACACACACACACACAAACACAAUCACUUGUUACACUAUUUUCUGUAUGCAGAAACGCAGAGCAUCAAUUUGUCAUUAUUGAUUCCCUGACUUUCAUCAAUCUUUGUUCUUUGUUUGGAUGAGUGAUUUAGGGGUUGAGAGGUGGGGAAGAGGUGGGGAAGGUUGAAGAAACUCCUCUAGCUGAGUUAUGUACCAGAACAAGAAACUGACAAAGUUUAUAGUAAGUUUAUAAUCAUUUUAUACAUACUUUUUUAAACUUUUCUUGCAUUACUUUAGUUUGUAUAGUUGUACAAAAGUGUUUUCUUGCAGGUUUUAAAAAAAUAUUGUCAAAUGAUCCAUGUCCUUUUAAGGUAUGAGUCACCAAGUUUUGCUCUGGGCUCAAGCUCCAGGUGUUUUUUUUGGAAGCUAGCAAGGCCACUUGACUUGUGUAUGUAAAUUAUUAUAUAGUGAAUUGUCCUGUUGCACCAGAACAGAGGUGGUUGCUCAUCUCCUGCAUUUUAUUUGAACCCUCAUGUUGCAACAUAUGUUAUAUUUUUCCAUACGCCUGAAGUUUAGCCAGUAAAGUUUAUAAAUGGUAUUUGUCUUGACAUGUCAUCAGAGAUGUGUUUAAAUGUGAUUUUCUUUAACUGAUGUUGAAAUGGAAGAGUAGAAUGAUCACACGUGUCUCACGGGUGUUUUAAAGAAUUUAUUUAUGUCAGAAGAUAAAAUGGAUAUGGUAAAACUCCUAUGUUGUAAGAUAACAUUUGGAGCAGUGAUAAAUAUUGAAAUAGGUUGUAAAAUAUUCAUCCUCUCAAUAAAAGAAGGUACCUUUAUAUGAAUAGUAUCUCAUUCAAAAAACACAAUAUUAAUGAACUGAAAUAAUAAACUACAUGCAUGGGCAUAGUACGUUUGUACAGCAGGAAAUUAUGAAACUUAAUGUGGCUUCAGCAGACACGUACCUGAAACAUCACUUGGGUAGAGAGAUGAGUGAGGCAUCUAGCAUUUAUGAGGGCAGAAUAAAAACUCCUAUGGGAUACUUUAACCCUGUAUUGACCAAUGAUGGUUUGAGCUAUCAUAGGUCUUUUGAGGAGCACCUGUUUCCUGUGUGAUUGCUAUUCUUUAAUGUAAACAAUGCAUACAUUCCGUUUUAGUAAGGAAAAAAGGAUAUCGGCCUCGAAGAGGAACCAUACUUCUAAAAGAAGUACUUAUGGGAGUUAUGCAGGAAAAAAGGUUUACAUUUAUUAGUACGGCAGAUGUAAUGCAUAUUCCGUCCUUGUCGGUUUCAAUGAAAGAUCAGGCACUGGCUGAGAUAUUUCAUCAUGACAAAAAGGACAUUACAGGAUAAGGAUUACUGUAAAAGUUCUACCUCCUUAAGUUUUACUAUAUAUAUUUCCAAUAUUUAAUAAUACUGGUUUUGUAAAGUAUUAUCAAUAUAAUCCUUUUAAAAUUGUAGUUUAAUAGAAAAUGCUGGAAAUGGAAAAGCAAUGUUUCUUCAAUUAUAUAAUGGAAGGUUUUGCACAAUGACCAGGAGUCAGGUGUGCUAAUUAGCCACUGAUGUAAGGGUUGUUUGGGUACCAGACAACAACAACAGAUCAGUGGAUACAAAACUGAUUAAUGGCAACAUUUUUAAAUGAUUAAAACACACAUGUAAAAAUAAUCUAUCUAUCAUCUAUAUAUUUCUACAUUUUAUUUUUGUUUUACCAACUUUUGUAUUAUAAGAAUAAUCUGAGAGAGGGUGGUCUGGAAUUCCAGAUGAUUAGUCAAUUGAAAUACAUUAUAAUAUACAUAAAUGUAUUAUAAUAAAUUGCAUAUAUUCUUAUUCUAUUUUAGUUUUAGCUGCCAGGUAUCCCUACGGUGUUACUCAUUCAGUGACAUUGAACAGUUUGUUCUGUGUGUUUAAAUGCUGGCACUGCAUCUUAUUAUUUGAUACCUGGCACCCAAUAAGAACGCUUUGUGUAUUAGCAAAUCGUUAAUUUUGCGCAUUUUGCAUUUUUUUUUAUUUGGCAAUACAAAUGAUUGUACAUGGGAAUGUUGUUUGGGAUGGAGUAAUUAUAUUUGGAAUAGUAUCUAUUUUUUGUAUUUAUUAUAUUAUAUCUCACUUUUGGCCUGCAAAGUUAAUAGCUGACAUUUAUUAGUGUUCCUUCCUAAAAUUUGCAAAUUCAUUUGAAAGAUAGUUACGUGGUUGCAAAAUAUUUAUACACAGAUCAGUGAUUAAGGGUCCCUGAUUGAAUCCCACUGACUAUGCAACCAACUUGACAAAUACUGCCAAAAAUAUCCAUCCUGUAGAAAAUGCAGCUAUUUACUAAUGAAAUAUUGGUUGCAAAGUCCCCCUACUGAGUUUGGUUACAGUUGGCUACAUCUUAAAACAAUUACAAGUCUGCUAUCAGCUAUUUAUUAAGUCAUUUAUUAAAUUAAAGCUAGGUUAGUUGUUUAAAGGGAAAAUAAAAAUUCCCAGAAUCUUUUAUAUUAUGUUUACAUAUCUCAAUGUUUAACAUAUAUGUAUUUGUGAGGUGUAAAAACAAUUAAUUACAUGUAAUAAUUCACAUCUGUUUAUCCUGCAACUGGGUGCCUCAAUCUUAGCUCCCUGCCAAUCGUUCUUAUAAACUCUGUCUUGCUCCUGGCAGUCAGCAUAGAGAAAUCAAAUAGAGAGGAGGAAAAAUUUAACAAUAUUGCUAUUUCCCCUUUUUGCUUGCAAUGUUUGCAGGACAUCCCAUACUCCCCCAGCUGGUGGAUAAUACAGUGACAGGGAUCAAGAAAAAAACCUGUAACUCAAUCUGUGACCCUGUGUGUCAGCUUUUAAUAUUGAGGAUUUCAUUGACAGGUGGGGGAAGGACUCUAUUUUAAAGAGCUUUAAUUUAAAAUCUAUAGAUUUGCUAGCAUUUCUACUAGCACAAUGUAUAGACUGAAUUUAAACAGUGUAACAUACCCCUAUUUUACAAACACUAAUAUAAUAUACAUUUAUUAAUAAUACAUACAUGUGCAUAUAUAGUGUGUAUGUUUGUUUAUGUAUAUAUAUAUAUACACACACAAUGAAAAAUCCUUGCACUCAGGCUCAAUUUUUUAGUUUGCUGGCUGCCAGCCCAUAAGGCUUCUGUGACACAAAAAUAGUCAAAAGUUUGGCUGCACUUACGGUCUUUCCAUAAAAGGUAUUUCUUUAUUCCAAAAUCAUAAUCUCCAGAUAGAUCAACGUUUCAGUCCACACAGGGACUUUCGUCAGGUUCAAGAGCCAUUAUGUAUAUAUUUUGUUGAUACACAUAUUCUCACUGACAGAGACACACUCUCAGUGAUACAGACACACAAUAACACACAAUCACUAAAAGACACUCCCUUUUACUCACUCUGGCACACACUGACAUAUACUCACAUACAUACACAUUCUCUUAUACACACUAAUGAAGUCAUUUUAUUUAUAGCUUUUUACUUUUUUGUGAUACCCCCAGCCUCUACUUUUGAAAGAGCUGGAGUGGAUCCUCUCGCUGGCGUUUGGUGAGGCUCCGAUCUUCAUGCUCGUCAGCACUGCUCUCUUGUGCGCCUUUUAGUGAUGCUGGAGUCACUUCAAAUCCUGGCUACUAGCAUCACUGUAGGGCACGCGAGGGAGCUUCCGCUUUGCUUUGGCAAAGUAGGCACCUUCCAUCUGGGUAAGCAGGUACCUACUCUAUCUUAGCGCAUAGCCAUCUGCCUAGUUGAGCGUACUAAGAUGGUCAGCUCUUGGGCUCCCUGUGACAGGUGGAACACAGAGGGCCUGGUUGCAUUUGUGACCUUAAUAACCCCUGUAAUGUUAUAAACCUUUUCUGUAAUGAUAGCUGCAGUGUAGUAACAUUAUACACCUAUCCAGGAAUGAUAUAAGUAGUGUAGUAUUGUUAGAAAUGUAUAAAUCUGUCCAGUAAUGAUAGGUGUAGCUUAGUAGUGAUGUGAAACUUUUAAUGAUAGUGUAAAAACCUGAGCAGUAACUGUAGAGAUUAGUUUAGUUUAUGAAGGGUACAUGGCAACUGAGCUAGAUGCAGCACUAUAAUACAGUCUUUCCACAACUAGCCACAAUUUCCAUAAUUGGUCAAGCCUGGUCUCCUUUUUUAAAACAUAAAACAGUUGAUAUAUAAUGGGUUACAUAAUUUCUCCUCAUUUUCCUAAAUUGGGUACAUUUUAAAGGAUCGCAAAACUGUAUUCCUAAAACUACAGUGUCCCUCUGCCUACAUGGCACUCUUCCCUCGUUACCUAAGGGUUAAAUAUCCCUUUAAACACUUACCUAAUUCCAGAGCCGAGGUCCCUCAGUGCUGGGUUGAGUUCCUCCUCUUCUGAGGCAGCCAACGGGGCAACCUAAUGUGCAUGCGAGGCAAGUGCUUUCGUAUGGGGUUUUGCAAGACUAUGGACGUCCUCAUGCAAAGGACAUCCAGCUUUGUUCCAUGGAGUUAAACAGCAGGAAGCCCCUCUAAUGGCUGUCUGAUAGGCAGCCACUAGAGGCAGUCUUAACUCUGAAAUAUAAACAGUGCACUUUCUCUGAAAUUGUAGUUUUACAUUGCAGGGCUCAGGGACAAGGACUGUGCACCCAGACCACUACAAUGAGAUGAAAUGGUCUGGGUGCCAAUAGUGUCCCUUUAACUACACUUUGACAUAAUUUACCAAGGGUGAUUGAUUACCAGGUAUGUGUUUGCAUUAUUUAUGUCCAACUCUGUGGAAAGUUCUGUUCACAUUACUACUACAGUGUGGAUGUAGCUUCUGGUCUCCUGAGGAAGAUGACCAGCACCUAGUGGCCUCACGUAAGUCGCCAUCCCCUUCCCAAACAUUUUGACUACUACUAAUAGCCAGUGCGCUGUAGUGGUUAUUGUGCGUGUAGUGCUCUUUUAAUAUUGCAUACAUUAAGUUCUAGACAGGCUAAUAUUAAUAAUGCUGGUCUUUUGUAGAGAAUACAAUGUAACCUGCUGGUCUUUUGUAGAGAAUACAAUGUAACCUUCAGUUCAGACAGCUUGCUAGUUGUAACAAGGUGAAUCCUGCUUCACAGAUUUAAUAGAAUGGUCUAUUUGCAGUUGCUGGAGCAGAGACGUGACUGCAGUCCGUGUUCAUCAAUUAAGAUGUGGUUGCCUCAUUUGAAGGAUAUAUUAACCCCAGCUCUCAGAUGUGAAGUGUCUUCCUAUCAAACUGGUCAUAGGCUUAGAGCUGAGGCAGGAAGAUCUCUGCAUAUCAAACGCUGUAUUUUUCACCUGCUCAGCAAAGUAUUUUUUCGUGGGCUGAGCAAAGCUUUUUUAAUUUGUUUGUUGGUGGUUUAAACAAUGUGUACAAUAUAUGCUAUGCCUGCUGUUUCAAUGCGCAGGUUAUGUUUUCAAAUCUACGUUUUCCCAGCUUGAUGUCACAUUGCAAUAAAAAAUGAAUUGCUCAUAGUGACGUAAAACUGUGAACCGGACCAGUCAAUCGUACUAUAGCACUCUCUUAAAAAAUAACACUUUUAUAAUCUAAAUCUACAGAGACAUGAACAUUAUAUCUAAAGAACUUCAGCAAAUUAACCCCUUAAAGUAGUUUAGAUGCCUGGAGCAUUUUCUUUAAGCAUUCCCCUUAUGUUUUAUUUUUUAUACCUGUCUGUGCCUUGCAAGUGAUUUUUUUUCCUCCCAAAAUUUUUUAACCAAGAUUUGUAAAGGUAAGACUCACAGCCCACUGUUAUGCUACUAAGGCGCUGGUCCAUUCCACUGUCCUUUCUCGCCUUGACUUCUGUAAUCUGCUUCUCAGUGGUCUUACGUGCUCCUAGCUUGCGCCGUUACAGUCCAUAAUCAAUGCAGUGGCGAGGCUCAUCUUCCUGUCCGCCCGCACCUCCCACACCUCACCCUUCUGUCAGUCUCUACAUUGGCUUCCUGUAAGAUAUAGGACUCAAUAAAAAUCUGGUUCUUGCUUUCAAAUCUCUACAUAACGCUGCUCCCACCUAUCUAUCCUCCCUGAAACACAAGUAUGUCCCAUUUAGGCCCUUACGCUCUGCCGAAGAUUUACGUCUAUCUUCUGUCCGUACUCCCACCUCUGAUGCUUACCUUCAGGACUUCUCGAGGGCUGCGCCAUUCCUGUGGCACUCACUUCCCUCCUCCGUUGGAUGCACACCCAGUCUCAACUCCUUCAAAAAAAAUCACUAAAAACCCACUUCUUCAUAAAAGCGUAUCAAUUAAACUGUUAAUAGCGCCAGACUGAUUCCUGUCUGGCAACUGUCAUUAGUCUAAUACUAUCCUUACCUUUUUGUGUCACUUUACCCCACUCCCUCUAUCCUGUAAGCUCAUUGAGCAGGACCCUCAACCCCUCUGUUCCUGUGUGUUCAACUUGUCUGGUUACAACUACAUGUUUGUUCGUCCACCCACUGUAAAGCGCUGAGGAAUUUGUUGGCGCUACAUAAAUAAUAACAUAAUAAUAAUAAUGACACCCCUUGUGUCAUUCCUUGAACAUGAUUUGUUAAAUAAUAUUGUAUAUAAUUAUACAAAAUCCUAAACUGUUCAACUAUAAAUGCAUUACUAAAGUAUACUGUAUGCAUUUGGUUUUAUUUUAUUUUGAUUUCCCUAUCUACUCUGUCAUCUUAACUUUGUUAUUUCCUACUGUUUUAUAGCACUUGGCAUUGACAUGAGGGUUAUGCUUUUUCAAAGAAAUUUUUUCUCAUAUUUUACUUGCCCGUGUGCUACUAGACCCAUAUUUAUUGUAUGAUUUAAGUUCUGUCUAGUGAUCUAGUCCUUCUUCUAGCAUAGUCUGAUGCAGAUGCAGAUAAGUGUCCUCAGUAGACACCCAAAUCUGCAAAGCUGUCAAAUCAUGGAAUAAAUGUCUGAAAUGUAGACUCCAUACUAUUCACUGCCCAAAAGACUACCUAGAUCCCCUAAAUACUAAGACUACUUAUUGUUUAUUCUUACACACAAAAAAAAAAUAGACUGGAAAUAUAUAGAUUUGCUUAAUCACUCCAUAGACGUUGAACUGUUCAAUCAUUUCAAGCUGUGGACACACCGUUUAUCCAGGAGAAGUAAUAAUUUUUUUUUCCUGAUUGUGAGUUUUUUUGUUUUUUUUUACAGCUGUAAUGUGGAGCUGUGAAAAUUCACAGCUGUUAAUUAACAAUUUUUUAAACACUAUAAAUGCUGCUGAAAAGUUAUCUAACAGCUUAAAACUAAAUUUAGAAUUCAGUUUUAACAUCAAUGUGACCUGUGGGCAUGGAUAUCUCUGUUUUUAGUGGAACCAUAGCGCAGGAAGAAUCUCUUGUCACUCUGUUCAUGUUUUAUAAAUGGAUUGCAUUUUUAUUAUUAUAUAACAUUUCAAAAAGGGGCUCUAGACCUGGAGGGAAUCCAUUUUUAAUUCAUGCUGAAUUGCUGGUGACACAGUAAGCAUCAUUGGUGGCAUGAAUACAAAUGAAGAUGGCAUUCUACCAUUCAAAGUAGCUCGUACAUAACUGAAAUACUAUGCAUUCUUACCUGCUUUUAUUGAAACCUGUGUUUUCACUAUUCUUUUUUUCUAUUGAUAAUGGGGCAGAAGUCCACUUUUAGGAAUGUCCUUUCAAACUGAGACUUGGCAAGCAUCCAAACAACAGACAAUAACAUACAAUAGGCAUGUGCAUGGGAAACAUUUUCGGUUCGGUUCGGCAUUCCGAAAUUCAGGACUUUGGCAAUUUGGCACUUCGGCAAUUUGGCACUUCAACACUUCGGCACUACGGCAAUUCGGCACUUCAGGACUUCGGGACUUCGGAAUUUCAGGACUUAUCUUGCAGCCGCUUGGUAGAUAACUCCCUAAUUCCCACGGUAUUAGGGAGUUAUCUACCAAAAGGCUGAAAGACCUAGAUUGGUCUUUCAGCCAAAUUUACUAAUACUAAGUAAAAAUGACUUAGUAUUAGUAAAUUGUGCUAAUACUCCCCAGCAAAUAGAAUUUUCCCCAAACAUGAGCCUAGACUUCAUGAAGGGUGUAACAGGAAUGAAGUUUAUUGAUAACACACUGGCUUUUAUGAGAAAUCCUCCUGCAAGAGGACCUCCCACAGUAAACAAAGACAAUAACCAAUCAACAUACAGCUUUACAGUAACCCCCACCCUCUCUCUGCUUGGGAGAUAUUGAGAUAAGUUAAGGAAUAACCCAAUUAUCUCCAGGCAGAGGGCACACAAUUUCCCCAAAAGUUAGAACACCCCUUUCCACACAAGGUAUCCCCACAUAUCCCCUGAUAGCCCCGAUCUGGGGGAACAACAUAUCCAAAUUUCACCCAGAUCGGUUCAGGGGUUUUUAAAAAGUCACAAGUUACCGACCACACACGAGUCUCCUGCCCAAAACAGUUCCACGAAUUCAGCAUGUGCGGUCGGUCAAUUCAGAAAAAGGCAUAAAAUGAAUAAAAGUCCCGAAUGGAUCCUCCUGGCUUAUAGGAGCGAUUGCUCCCCUUGUCCGUAUGAACAAAACUACCGAACCAAUAGAUUCAACAUGCACAAAAUACUGCAGAAAAAGCCAGAACAUAGGAGAAAAUACUGAACUAAGUCUAUUUUCUUCACAAUACUCCCCCUUAGUUCCAUGGGUCGGCAUACCCGCCUAGACCCUGCCGGGUUGGCUAGGGGAUGUCCGGGUAACAUAAUUAUACAUCCAAGACGGUUUGGUGGGAAAGCCCAUCCACAUUGCCGUUCUGCUUGCCCGGGCAGUAUUGCAGUGUAAAAUUGUAGGGCUGCAACGCUAGGCUCCAGCGCAGCAACCAGGCAUUGUCUCUAGAGUCUCAGUUGAGCCAAAUGAGGGGGUUGUGGUCAGUGAGUAGGGUAAAGGCACGGCCAUAAAGGUACGGUUGGAGUUUCUUUAGGGCCCAUGCUAGAGCUAGGCACUCUUUUUCCACAGCGGCAUAGCUGACCUCCCGUGGUAAUAACUUAUGGCUGAUAUAGGCCAACGGGUGCUCCAUGCCAUCUUCCCCCACUUGGCUCAGCACAGCUCCCAGCCCAAACAUGGAGGCAUCUGUAUGAAUGAGAAAUGUUUUAUUAGGGUCUGGGGCUGUCAAUACUGAAGCUUCGCUCAAAGCAGUUUUAAGGCUCUGGAACGCCGUUGCACACUCUGGGGACCAUGCUACCUGCUUGGGUAGGGACUUUUUGGUCAGGUUGGUGAGGGGUUUUGCUAGGGUGCUAUACUCAGGGACGAACUUUCUAUAAUACCCUGCUGUGCCUAGGAAGGCCAAUACCUGCGUCUUGGUGUAGGGCUGGGGCCAUUUGGCUAUGGCCUCUACUUUGGCUGGUUCGGGGCGCUGUUUCCCAGACCCUACUCUAUGCCCCAGGUAUUGAACCUCUGCCAUACCCACAUGGCAUUUCUCGGGUUUUAGGGUGAGGCCGGCUUCUUGUAACCUCCCAAAUACCGUAGCCAAGUGUGUCAGGUGAGCCUCCCAUGUGCCGAUAUAGAUAGCAAUAUCAUCUAGGUAGGCACAUGCGAAGUCCUGCAUUCCAUCCAGAAGUCGGUCCGCCAUCCGUUGAAAUGUAGCCGGGCAUUCUUCAUCCCAAAAGGCAUAACCCGAAAUUGGUAUAGCCCGAAUGGGAUGACGAAUGCCGACUUAGGGAUGAAGGCCGAGUCUAGCGGGAUUUGCCAAUAUCCUUUGCACAGGUCCAGGGUAGUUAGGAAGUGCCCACUGGCCAUGCGAUAGAGCAAUUCGUCAUUCCGUGGCAUGGGGUAUGCGUCCGUGAUAGUCCGGUUGUUCAAUUUCCGGUAAUCAAUACAAAAGCGAGUCGUACCGUCUCGCCCUGGAACUAAAACCACCGGGGACACCCAGGGACUUUGGGAAGCCUUAACAACUCCUAAUUCCAACAUUUCUUGGAUUUCUUUCCACAUGCUGGCCCGUACUGCUGCCGGAAUACGGUACGGUUGUUGCCGUAAUGGGGUUUCCCCCUGCGUCUCUACCCAGUGCACUGUGGUGGAGGUGUCCCCAGUUAGGACCGAGAACAGCCCACCGUAUUCCUGGAGCAGUUGUUUUGCGUCUGCCUGCUGUGUGGUGUCUAGUUUCUCCCCUAACCCAACCUGCUCUAAGGUUGGUUAGCUGCCAGUAGGUCAGGCAAGGGGAGUCCUUCACUAUCAUCAGUGGACGGGGCACAGAUAGCGGAAUAUGGUUUCAACAUGUUCACAUGAAAGGCUCGUCUGAUCCUUUCAUCUGAACAUUUGGCUACAAUAUAGGUGGUGUCGCUAAUCCGUUCCACCACUUUAACUAGCCCCUGCCAAGCUGCCUGUAGCUUGUCCUUUUUGGAAGGUCUGAGGGCUAAUACUUUUUGCCCCAAUUCCAGGGUCCUAUCUUGUGCCCCCCCGGUCAUACCAUUGUUUCUGUUGUUUCUGGGCCGCCUGCAGGUUCUCCCGAACUGAUUCAGUCAGUGCCUGCAGGCGGUCCCGGAAAUCCAGCACAUAUGGCAAGACUGGGAUCCCUUCCUCUCCUGUGUUGCCCUCCCAGUGCUCCCGUAUGAGGUCCAGGGGUCCCCGGACUUUUCUCCCAUAUAGGAGUUUGAAGGGGGAGAACCCGGUGGACGCCUAGGGUACUUCCCGGUAGGCAAACAGGAGGUGGGGUAGAAAUUUCUCCCAUUGACCGUAUGACUCUGUGAACGCUGUGAGCAUCUGCUUAAGCGUGCAGUUGAAUCGUUCACAGAGGCCGUUGGUCUGGGGAUGGUAGGGGGAGCUAAAUAACGGUUUCACCCCGCAGCUCUGCCACAACUGUUGAGUUACAGUUGCCGUGAACUCCGCUCCUUGAUCUGAAAGUAUUUCCUAGGGAAAUCCUACUCGGGAAAAGAUCCUGACUAGAGCCUCUGCUACCGUCUCCGCCUCAAUCUUGGAGAGCGCCACAGCCUCGGGGUACCUGGUGGGUAGCGCUUUCCGGAGGAGCUGGGUUUGUUGAGCCCUACCAGGUCUACUGCCCCUCUGUAGAAUGGUUCUUCUAUUAUAGGUAGGGAAUGUAACUUGGCAUUAGGGUGGUCCCCCUUUUUCCCUAUCCUUUGACAUGUGUCACAUGUCCUGCAGUACGUCUGCAAAUCUUUUGAUAUCCCUGGCCAGAAGAACGUCUGGGUAAGGCGGUCCUUAGUUUUCUUAAUACCCAGAUGUCCAGAGACCAAUAUUACAAAAGCAAGGUUUCCACAUUGGAAUUAAAAGGAGCCAUCUGAGCAUUAAAUGUAGAGCAACAUGUGGUUACCCCUUCAUUUGCUUUAAAGGAAGAGGCAUUGUACAUAGAUACACAUGUGACACCAUUCACAUACAUGUAAUGCUUCACCCAUCAUAUUUAAUAGGACACAUGGCAGAAAUACAUAUAUACACACAUACAUACAUACAGACACACAUACCUACAGACACAUACACACAUACAUACAGACACAUACAGACAGACACACAUACGCCCCCCCAACAGAUAUACACAUAUGCACAUACAUACAUACAUACAAAUACAUACAGGAACACACACACACAGAGACACACACACACAUACAGACACAUACAUACAGAGACACACAUACAUACAGACACAUACACACACACCCUGACAGACAUACACACAGACACAUACAUACAGACACAUACAUACACACACACAUACAGACACAUACAUACAGAGAUACAGACACACACACAUACAGACAUAUACAUACACACAUACACACAGACACAUACACACACACACAUACAUACAGAAACACAUACACAGAGACACACACACAAAUACACAUACAUACAGAGGCACAGACACACACACACACACAUACAAAAUGUUUCCUGUUUCCUUCCUUUUGCAGGAGGGUGACUUUCCCUGGGUCCAGUGGGGACUCAGCCUGAUGGGAGUCUGACUCCUUCCUUCCUCUGCGCGGCUCUCUGAUAGCUGGGAGGAAGUGACAGGCAGUUCAAGGCUUCAGUUUUUUAGACUGUAGGUCUAGUAUAACAAAAGCCAAAAGGCGGGACUGCACUCAAUCCAUAUUAAAGCCUUGGUGCAACCAAAGCUGGUGUCAUCAAGCUUGAAAAAGACCCUAGGGUCGAAACAUUGCUGCUGGACACUGUAGUUCAAUAAAAUGCUGAUCUAAACCUUGGAGUGCCUGGACAUUUUUCUCCAUUGACUGUAGCUCUAGUCAAAAAUUAAUAAAAACAAAUCCAGCAUCUGUGAGUGUAUCUGAUCUAAAAGAUCCAUUGAGGGGCAGCGGGGCCUGACCGCAGAGCUGAGCAGACUCAAGUCACAGUAGCUCCUGCAUGAUCAACUGAUUUAUACUAAUUAUCUACAGAUAUAUGGCAUAAUCUGGCUUUCCUUGUUCACUAUGUGCCAGAGGACAUCGUGGUGCCCACAGGGAUACCUUUUUCUGUUGUCAUUCCUGCAGAACUGCUCAAUUACCCUCUGCACUCUACAAGCAUGGUCGGUGCGGGGGAGACACGUUUCUGGGCCAUAAUCGCUCCGCCCUCUGGACCGGUGGGUGUCAUCCCAUUCCCAGGAGACUGUCUCCGUGAUCUGCGGCACCAAUGCCAAGGAGCCCUCCCCAUAACCAAAAUGGCAGAGGUGGGGAACCUGCGAUGGUGGCACAGUCAGAGACCACCAUGCCACAGCUGAUCAGCAUUCUUGCAGCCUUCCUGAUGGCAGAAAGGCUCCUCAACACAGCUAAAUUACUACUUACCGUUCAAUGAACAUGUGGGAUUCCCAGCUCCUGCUGUAAUGUGCAGUUGGGACUUGCUACCCAGUCCCUCAUCACUGUUACCCCUGCCGACCUGCAUUGCACUCCUGCUUUACAGCUGACUCCGGUGGAAGAUUGGGUACAGGCAAGGGAUUACACACUAGGAGGGCACUCACCCCUCUCAUCACACAUAAUGCUGGACUCACUCCUGUCAUGCUAAAGGCCUUACAGAUCGUGGGUUGGCUGAGCCUGAGAUGUCUGGGGGACUUUCUCAUGGUCUGGGCUGCAUGAAGUAGAGAUGACUACUGUUAAUCCUGUCAUAUACCUGAUUUAUUCUCACUACACUCUAAGCAGUUGAAGUUACUUGCAGUGCUUUAGCUUUUCUCACUACCAUCUCGCUUGUUAAUUUAGCUCUGCAUUAAGGCUCUCUUGUCUUAAAUUAUUAAAAUUGUGCUGUUUACCAUUUCUACAAAUCCAGUAAUGGAACUGUUAACUCUUAUGCCAACUUAUAUAUUUUUGUACCAUUGUUCUUUCUAAAAACAAGCACAUCAAAAAUUAAGAAUUAUGAAAAGGUCCAUUGUAAAAUAAAAAUAAUAAUUUUCUUCUUUUUAUUCACUGUCUUUGUGCCAACAUCAUUUGCCCAUUCUUUGUGAUGCUGUGCCCACUUUGGUGCCGGUUACUCUGUUUCUCACCACACUGUGCAGCUUUGCUUUGGAUGCGGCAUUCUCUGAUGUGCAAUACAGUAAUGACGGAGUGCACUGUUGCAGUGUCAAAAAUAUUGAGAUCUGUCUUUCUCCAAUCCAGCAACACACCGAUGACGUCAUGCAUCCUUUCAGCGUCAAGAACGACGUGGAACAAUGCAGCUGUUCACCCUUAGAUAGCCCAAGUGAUCCAAGAAAUCUGGUGUCGCACAUCUUUGACAUUCUGUCAUCUUUCUGAUGACAUUAGAUGCUAACCCUAUAUAAACGCACUGUUCAACAGGCCUGUGUGCUAUUGUGGUCUGUUAUAGCCAGAGAGUGUGUUCAGUAUUUUCUGAUUAUUUCGUUUUUGACGUUGGCUUGUUUUGACUUUCCUAAACUCUCUAAUCCUGACCUUGGCUUGCUUACCUGUAUUGUAGCUUAUCUAUACUACCUUGACUUUGGCUUGUUCUUUGUCUCUUCUCUCUCUAUACUACGUUAAACCUGUCAACCUCUAAAGACCGAUUAUACCAUCAUCAGUACUGUCCUUACUUAAAAAAAAAAAAAAACUACCACAAGAGGACAUAGUCUUAAAUUAGAGGGACAAAGGUUUAAAAAUAAUAUCAGGAAGUAUUACUUUACUGAGAGGGUAGUGGAUGCAUGGAAUAGCCUUCCAGCUGAAGUGGUAGAGGUUAACACAGUAAAGGAGUUUAAGCAUGCGUGGGAUAGGCAUAAGGCUAUCCUAACUAUAAGAUAAGGCCAGGGACUAAUGAAAGUAUUUAGAAAAUUGGGCAGACUAGAUGGGCCGAAUGGUUCUUAUCUGCCGUCACAUUCUAUGUUUCUAUGUUUCUAUGUUACUGUCCUUUGAACUGUUCUAUAUCUGCAUGUUGUAAAUUUCUAUUAUCCUGACACUUUUGAGUAUAAUCCUAUUAAAUGAAAGGUGCGGCUACAUGUAUUCAUAUUAUUUAGCAUUUUAAUAAUGUCAUCUGGUUGAGUAAAGACUGACAUCAUCAUUUAUCUUAUCUCUUUUCAUUCGCAGGAUAUUAGAGAAAAGGCAAGCAAAUGGAGAAACCAUUGAGCUCACUGAAGAUGGACGACCUGUUACCAAAGAUCAGAAACGCCAACCUAUGGUUGAUUGCACUUGUUUUGGGCUCCCCCGUCGUUACAUCAUCGCUAUCAUGAGUGGUUUGGGUUUCUGCAUCUCAUUUGGUAUCAGAUGCAACCUUGGUGUGGCCAUUGUCAGCAUGGUGAACAACAACACAGUAUUUAAGGAGGGCAAGGAAGAGGUGGAGGUGAGUGUCACUUUGUUCUAUAGUAACUGUUUCAGACUACAUUUCCCAUAGGUCCUAUACAGGAAAAUGGCUUACUCCACAGGAUCACAGCAUUCACAUAAAUAAAAAAAAAUCUAUAUGUCAUAUAAUGAAACAUAUUACAGGCAAACGUGGCUUGCAUUUUACUGGCCAACUACAACAUACAAAAAAAAACAUCCAAUUUCACCAUUUAUGUUAUUAGGGUGAUUCAGUGGUUAAUGCAGUGUUUUAGUUGAUAUUUGUGUGAAACCACUUAGCUGACGGUGAAGGAGUUAUAUGCAACUGCACCCCUUUCUUUCUUUGCUCUAUCCCAAACCUGAGAACUCAAUUAUAGACAUAGGACCACACUAUUUUUUUUUGUAAUUCUCAAUAUCAUCUGUAUACUAUGAUAUACCAACUGAUUAUUUUUAUUUAAUUUUACGUAUAUUACAAUUCUUGAAUAAAUCACAUACCUACCUUUCCCGCAAUCCUUUCUGAUAACCAUCUUUAUGCCCCUUUGGUCGGAAUGUCAGUUAUCUGACCCCAAACACACUAUAUUGCUAUCAUCCAUUUCUUUUCAAAAUUGUGUAUUCGUUCUGCCUGCAUCAUUUUCUGUUGGGCGAUAAGGGGAUAAAGAUACCAUAUAAUAAUUUGCUGAUGAAAAGGACAGAAUUACCUUCCUUGUUUUCAAUCAUGCACAUAUCUCUAUUAGCCAAAUGGUUUCAGGAUAUGUCAUACGCAACAUAAUACCAUAUGGGAGACAGUGUGUCCAAUUAAAGGCAGGAAAUAGAGGUUUUGUGUUUCUCAGAUAGAUCAUCAGGUAUAUAAAGGGUUACUUUGGUUCCAAGUACAUCAGACACUAAAACAUAAUGGCUCAAUCACAAAUAGAACUCCCACUCUUUUGAUUGCUCCGCCAAUGAGUGACUGAUAUUUCAGUGUCAAUGCCACGAUUACCAGGGGAACCCAAACACGCAGACAGAUCACAGACACACAGAUAUUGUAAUACCGAUCCUUAGAAUGGCCGGGCUAUGCAAAGAGAUAGAGUAGUAAGAGUACAAGCCGAAGUCAGUAACCAGAGAAUGAACCACAAUACAAAUGCGCUAUCGGGCUAUGAAAGACCACAACAGGGCACUGAGGCAAGGGGGAGGUAAACUUAUAUACACACAGGGUAUGUCUGAUUGGCUAACUUCCAAUUAGUGUUAAUAACAAGACGUGGGAGAUGUCUUUUCCCUCUCUUGUGAUCAGUGAGGUCAUCACUAUGUGUCUGGUCACAUGACCGGGUCUGACACAGAUAUAAGGAAGCUCCCUUGGAGCGUGCAGCGUCAGAAACAAUGUCAGGUUGGGGAGUGGCAGCAGGGACAGCCGCAAGCUGUGGACAGGAACCAGAAGACGCCGCUCGAGGUGAUGGGGUAAGCAAGGACGCCGCGAGCGGCGCAGGGGCAGGGGACCUGACAUUCUUUAUUGGCAAAUUCUGGUAUUGGUGAAUUUGGAAAAUGAAGACUCACCCAAUCAUAUGAUUAUAUCAAUCAUAAAAAAGUUGUAGUCAAAGAGUAGCCCUGCUCAUUAUUAUUUACAGCUUCCCGUGCUCAGACGAAAAUAAAGAAAAACACAAAUUCUGCUCAGUGACAUUGUCAUGGUGACAGAGUAGUAUCUUAAUAUGAUCUUAAUUACUUAAUGAAAAAAGUAAUUAUAAGGGUGAAUGUCGACAUGUGUUACACUAAACAGUUGUGAUUUAUUACUAAUCACGAUCCUGUGAAGAACUCUAUGCAGGGAGUUUUUUUAUUGCAUUACUGUUAAUUAUGGGAAUUCAUGGCUGUAGAAUAAAAACACCAGUGGAAUCAUAUGUUUGUUUGUAUUUGCUUUAUUCUAAAGACAACAAAAUUGAUCUUACAGAUGUAGUGCAGUCUUAAUAUAGCGGUGGCUUAGGUCCCUUGUCUCUAACAAUGUGAAACUUUGCAGUUUCUGAACAUUUUGACAGUUCAGCCUUGUCGCCAAUCCAUGUUGUUUUUGUUCAUAAAAAAGAAGAUAAUAAACCCACAUUGAAAUGAUCUCCAGCUUGCCUAAAGAAAUUGGGAAGAAGUCCUUUCUUGGAAUUAAAAGGCUAUUUAAUGAAAUGCCAGCUGCUCUUCAUAGUCCUGUAUAUCUUCGCUGUUACAGAAGGUAUACAGACAGUUGUUUCAUAGGCAUUUGACACUACAUACUUGCUUAUUGUUCUUACUGUGGAGAGCUCUAAUGCUGCAGAAGGUGAAAUUGCUUUUUUCAGAUUUCAAAGGAUUUCUAGGGCUGUCUGGAGAGGUCCGUUAAUGAACAUGUUACUAGACAGAUAUUUGUAUUUUCCUGAUAUAUAUGAAUCUUUCUAUCAUAUUCUCUUGAAGUUUUUUCAAGUAUAAACAAAUGCUACUUUUAUAGCCUUGUUUUUUCUUUAUACUUUUUCUUUAUAUUUAUUUGUUUAUAUUAUAUAAAUAAUACCUUCCCUUUCACUGUGUAUUUAAGGUAGGGUCUUACUAUAGAAUUCUAAAAAGGAAACGUUAUAUUUGUUUUAAUUUAAAGAAUUAUUUUAAAAAAUUUUUUUUUAUAUUUCCAGAAAUAGUCUGCAUCCACAUGUGAAAGUACUUGCAUUUAAUUACUUUAUUACUGGGUGUUAAUAAUCACAGGUUUGAUUUAUGUCCAAGGACAUCAAUGAAUAAAACAAAACAUCCUAUAUACACUAACGCGUUUCACAAAUAAAAGGGUUUCAUGAAAACCCUCCGGUUUGAGUUGUUAAACUGCCUGUCUACUUCAUCAGUAUUUCCAGUGCUAAAUCUUUCCCAUUUUUUAUGUUGUGUUAAAUAACUCUGCAUGCAUGGGUAAAUGAAUGUGUAUCUGAAUGUGUGCCUGUAUGGGUAAAUGAAUGUGUAUCUGACUGUGUGCCUGUAUGGGUAAAUGAAUGUGUAUCUGACUGUGUGCCUGUAUGGGUAAAUGAAUGUGAAUCUGACUGUGUGCCUUUAUGGUAAAUGAAUGUGUAUCUGACUGUGUGCCUGUGUGGAUAGAUGAAUGUGUAUCUGACUGUGUGCCUGUGUGGGUAAAUGAAUGUGUAUCUGACUGUGUGCCUGUGUGGGUAAAUGAAUGUGUAUCUGACUGUGUGCCUGUAUGGGUAAAUGAAUGUGAAUCUGACUGUGUGCCUGUAUGGGUAAAUGAAUGUGUAUCUGACUGUGUGCCUGUAUGGGUAAAUGAAUGUGUAUCUGAAUGUGUGCCUGUAUGGGUAAAUGAAUGUGUAUCUGACUGUGUGCCUGUAUGGGUAAAUGAAUGUGUAUCUGACUGUGUGCCUGUAUGGGUAAAUGAAUGUGAAUCUGACUGUGUGCCUUUAUGGUAAAUGAAUGUGUAUCUGACUGUGUGCCUGUGUGGAUAGAUGAAUGUGUAUCUGACUGUGUGCCUGUGUGGGUAAAUGAAUGUGUAUCUGACUGUGUGCCUGUAUGGGUAAAUGAAUGUGUAUCUGACUGUGUGCCUGUAUGGGUAAAUGAAUGUGAAUCUGACUGUGUGCCUGUAUGGGUAAAUGAAUGUGAAUCUGACUGUGUGCCUGUAUGGGUAAAUUAAUGUGAAUCCGACUGUGUGCCUGUGUGGGUAAAUGAAUGUGAAUCGGACUGAGUGCCUGUAUGGGUAAUUGAAAGUGUAUCUGACUGUGUGCCUGUAUGGGUAAUUGAAUGUGUAUCUGACUGUGUGCCUGUGUGGGUAAAUGAAUGUGUAUCUGACUGUGUGCCUGUAUGGGUAAAUGACUAUAUGACAGUAUGCAUAAAUUAGCAAAUGAGUUUGCACGCAUAUGGGGUUAAUUACAGAGUAUAUGGCAGCGUGCACUUAAAUAGUGCCCUCCUAAAUAGGUCAAAUCCACAUAAUGGUACCCAAUUUAAAAGAGCUAUGCACUAACAAUGAUAUCAUUUAAUAUCCUAAAUAGGACAAUAAGGGAACCACAUUAGUGGAGAUAGGAGGAGACUAUAAAAAUAAUAUCAAUAAUUAUUACUUUACUGAGAGGGCAGUGGAUGCAUGGAAUAGCCUUCCAGCUGAAGUGGUAGAGGUUAACAGAGUGAAGGAGUUUAAGCAUGCGUGGGAUAGGCAUAAGGCUAUCUUAAACUUAAGGUAAGGUCAGGGACUAAUGGAAGUAUAUAGGAAAUUGGGCAGAUUAGAUGGGCCGAAAGAUUCCUAUCUGUCGUCACAUUCUAUGUUUCUGUGUUUCUAAUGGGCACUCACAGAAAACUCAGCCCUUGAAUCCGGAUCCCAAUAAAACGUAAUUUUUAAAAAAAACGUUAUUUAAAUAUUUUGCCCACUCCCCAUGAAGGGCAUGCAUGCUGAAUUUUCUAUGAGUUCCUGUUAAUUUGCUUUGUUUAGAAGAGGUGUAACCAGCAUCGAAGAUGGAGACCCAGUUCAAGCAGAUACAUUAGGGAAUUAAAGGGAUACAUUAGACCUCUAAAGCACUAAGGCUUACAGAAGUACUUUAUGUGUGAAGAAUGUGUCCUCUUUUUUUCAUUUUGUAACAAGUGCAGAUUUCAAUUGAAAUAAUGACUUUUAUAAAUUAACAUUGUUACACUCCACGCCCCCCUCAAUAUCAAGCCAGACAACUGGUCCUGUUGCUUUGUGUUUGCUCAGGUCAGUGGGACUAAACUCUAGUGCCUGGCUGCCCCAUAGGUAGAUCCCAUAGGCAGAACUAAAACUACCAUGAUGCUUUUCAUGCCUUUAGAAUGACAAAGCUUUAUGGGAGUUGUAGUUCUUUAACAUUUGGGGAUCUACCUGUUGGGCAGCCCUGCUCUAGAGGCAGCAAUUGCCCACAGCACCUGCCUUGCAAAGUCAUUUUCAUUGGGGUAAAUCAACUAAAUAGUUAUUUGGGUGUGGAGGAUACAGUGCAGUAAGAAUACAGCUUUGCUAAAGUGUUGUGUAUGAUAACUUAAAGAGAUGCUCCAGUGCCAGGAAAAAAAACAAACAGUUUUCCUGACACUACAGGAUCCUGGAGUGCCCCCCUCCCUCCCACUCCCCUAUCCCAUGUCGCUGAAGGGGUUAAAACCCUUUCAGACACUUACCUGAACCUAGCUCCACCCACGUUCCUCCUCCACCGACGGCAAUGGCCGUGUGCGCAUUACACCUCCUUAAAGGAGAGUAUUAUUCAAUGCUUUCCUAUGGGGAUUCCGGCGAUGCUGGAGGUCCUCAUGCAUAGCGUGAGGACGUCCAGCAUCAUUUAGACGACCAAAAGUCAUCUAAGAAGCCAUAAGUCACUCUAAUGGCUGUCUACCAGAGAGGACUUAACCCUGCAAGGUAAAUAUUGCAGUUUAUAAAAACUGCCAUAAUUACACUUGCAGGGUUAAGGGUGAUGGGAGUUGGCACCCAGACCACUUCAAUGAGCUGAAGUGGUUGUGGUGCCUAGAGUGUCCCUUUAAGAGUGACUGGGGAUCCAUUGAAGUAUGAAGUAAAAAAAAUAGGCAUGUUAUUUAAAAUAUUUAUAAUUGAAACAUCAUAGCGCAAUGCCCCACUAUCAACUAGCUGACAUAGGAAGCAUAAUACUUACACUAUCUUUAUAUGUUUUUACAGCCAGCAAAGUUCACUUGGAAUUCUGAAACAGUUGGCAUGAUACAUGGAUCGUUCUUUUGGGGUUAUAUUGUCACGCAGAUUCCGGGAGGAUACAUCUGUCAAAAAUUUGCAGCGAACAGGUAGGAGAAUUGUAGCGACAUAGCUGGUGCUGUUCUAUGUUUUCAAAUUUCAGUUCAUUGUGCACGUGAUUUUACUUAUAAAAUCUGUCAUUUUAGCAUUUUGUAACAGUGUGCUUACAGAACAUAAAAUAAGAUCUGGGUUUAAAUGUCCCAUUCCUUUCAACCAUUCAGUCAUAUUAAAUUUACAUUAAUUUUCAUCGAUCCAUAUUUAUAACAGUUGAUUUGCUGAUAAGGAUCAAUAAUAUGGUGACAUAUUCUGUUGCCAUCUCAUGAUCAAUAUAAUGUACUGAUUGUUGUUCUUGAUUUUGCCCUAUAUACUUUUAAAGGAACACUGUAGACCAAGCAUGUCAAACUUGCGGCCCGCGGGCCACAUGCCGCCCACAAUGGAUAUAUUUGCAGCCCAUAUGCCCUGGGCCCAUGUAAACUUAAAUCUUGUUUAUUUAGCCCGUGUUAGCCAUUGAGUUUGACAUGCUUGCUGUAGACACUGUCAUGUGUUUCAUCUCAUUUACGUGAUUAUAAUAUCUGGUGCCACUGACACAGUCCUUACAUGCAGUGUUAAACUGUGUUUAAUGUUUUAAUGCUAAGCUAGACUGUCCUACAGCCCAUAGGCCCCUUGCUUCUUGGGCUAAUGAGGAAGCAUUGGCUUAAAAAGCAAUGGGCAAUUGACAGAGUAAAAACCAAAGAAAAAAAAGUUACCUGCGCUCUCUCCUUAAUCCCUAUGUAUAAAUGGAGGUCAUUUAGUUACUCCAAUGGCCAUUGGAGGAAAUGCCCGCUAGCCAGGGGUGUAUUAGCCGCGAGGCAAACAAGGCAUUUGCCUUGGGCGGCAUUUUUCAGGGGGCGGCAAAAAACGCAGCCCCCAAAUGCCCAGGGCAAAUGCCUACUUAGCCUUGCGGCUAACUGACAUCCCGAGCGAGCGGGCGGGCGGCGCUGGCAGGCAGGCGGCUGGCGAGGGAGCACUUCCUAUGACGUCAUCUUCCGGCUCCCAGCCUCACUCUGCAGCCGGCGCGCGAGGGAGCUGAGCACAGAGCUCAUAGGAAGUGCUCCCUCGCCAGCCGCCCGCCCGCCUGCCAGCGCCGCCCGCCCGCCCUGCAGCCACUGGACCACCGGACCACCAGGGAGAGAGACCCCCCCAGCACUCCCAAAGGUAAGGAGGUUGGGGGGGGGAUUUAAAUUAAAAAAAAAGUUAGUGUGUGUGUUUGUGUGUGACUGUGUGUGUGUUUGUGUCUGACUGUGUAUGUGUCUGACUGUGUAUGUGUCUGACUGUGUGUGUCUGACUGUGUAUGUGUCUGACUGUGUAUGUGUCUGACUGUGUGUGUCUGACUGUGUGUGUGUGUGUUUGUGUCUGACUGUGUAUGUGUGUGUGUGUGACUGUGUGUGUGUGUUUGUGUCUGACUGUGUGUGUGUGUGUGACUGUGUGUGUGUGACUGUGUGUGUGUAUGUGUCUGACUGUGUAUGUGUGUGUGUGUCUGGGCUGUGUGUGUGGUUCGUGUCUGACUGUGUGUGUGACUGUGUGUGUUUGUGUCUGACUGUGUAUGUGUGUGGGCUGUGUGUUUGUGUCUGGGCUGUGUGUGUGUGUUUGUGUCUGUGUGUGUGUUUGUGUCUGACUGUGUUUGUGUCUGACUGUGUGUGUGUGUGUGUUUGUGUCUGACUGUGUGUGUGUGUGUGUUUGUGUCUGACUGUGUUUGUGUGGGUGUGUGUGUGUGUGUGUGUCUGACUGUGUAUGUGUGUGUGUGUCUGACUGUGUAUGUGUCUGACUGUGUGUGUGUGUGUUUGUGUGUGUGUGUGUGUUUGUGUCUGUGUGUGUCUGACUGUGUGUGUGUGUUUGUGUGUCUGACUGUGUGUGUGUGUUUGUGUAUGUGUGUGUGUCUCUGACUGUGUAUGUGUGUGUGUCUCUGACUGUGUAUGUGUGUGUGUUUGUGUAUGUGUGUGUGUCUGACUGUGUGUGUGUGUAUUUAGAAGGUGGGGCGGGGGGAAGGGUUGGGUGGGGGUGGCGCGGGGGGAGGGGGGCGCCUGAGUUUUGUCCUGCCUAGGGCAGCACAAAACCAAGAUACACCACUGCCGCUAGCCAUCGUCAAUGCAGACCCCCCUAAGUGGGUCCUACACUUACCCUUCACCUUGCUUCCUUGAGCUUCUGGCAAAGAUAUCUCUAAUGAGACAGAGAUGGGUAUUUUUUAUAUACACACCCCUAUAUACUUAUUUACCCUUAAUAGGGAACACAUGGGAUGGGCGGCAGCAUUGUAACAAAGCUGUGUGAUACAAAAAGUGAAUACAAAUACAAAAAGAUAAGUCCUGCGCUCACUCCCAUCACUCCCGGGCGGCUGCAACGACCACAGUACACAUCAGCCCCAAUAUAUAGUAAAAGCGAAAGGAAAAAAAGUUACCUGUGCUCUCUCCUUAAUCCCUAUGUAUAUUUAGACAAAUGGAGGUCAUUUAGUUACUCCAAUGGCCACUGGAGGUAAUGCCCGCCUGCCAACGUCAAGGCAGACCCCCUGACACAGUCCUUACAUGCAGUGUUAAACUGUGUUUCAUAUUUUAAUGCUAAGUUAGACUGUCCUACAGCCCAUCGGCCUCUUGCUUCUUGGGCUAAUGAGGAAGCAUUGGCCUUAGAAGCAAUGGGCAAUUGACUGAGAGUGUCUGGUGAUCACUGGCAGUCUAUCACAGCCACCAUUGCUGGUAUGAAUCGGUAUGGCUAGAAGGAAGUGUGUAAUCUCUGCAUUAGUCAUACCUUCAGUGGGGGCUGGCCUGUGGGUACCCAGAGAGCCUUAUUCAGUGUUACAUUGGUCAAAAAUGUUUAAACACUGAAUUAAGGGACUGUGCCAGGAGACUCCAAGCACUAUACCCAAUUGCCUGAGAGGAAAUGGCUAUAGUGCUUACAGUAUCCCUUUAAUUAGUUUUUAGGGAGCAGGACCAUGAAAAUUAUACAGCAUCUUAAAUCAGUGUGCCAAUCAGUGUACCAAGAAGACCCACAUGUGAUUGGCCAAGCUAAGCUGAAAAUUCAGGCUUGUCUUGUUUUCUAGAACAUAUUUGUUCUUACUCAUUAGUCAGCGUAUGGUUUUCUGGGAAUGCUAAUGGUAUAUUAUUCAUAAAGAUAUUUUCUAAAAGCACAAACAUUUUGGUGAAAUUAGACACAAUUAGAAAGCUUAACUAUAGAUAAGAUUUACCAAAUGUAUUAUUGCACAAACUGAACUAAAUUAAUGAGUCUCCAAAUUUAUCUAAAUAUAUAUUUACUUAAACAUUUUACUCGAUCCUGAUGCAUAGGGACAUGAAAAUAUGUUUUAUCAUAGUGUUUGCUGCAGACAUACUGUAAAUCUAACACCAAUCUGGAAGCAUUUAAGCAGAAACGAGUGACCUGAUUUCAUAUGAACAGGUGUUCACAAACAAAAUAAAAAUCUGGUAAUUGAAAGGUCAGAUGAUGCAAAUGCCAGAUAAUAAGUACACAAACCAUAGUUUAUUUCUGCUAUAAACUGCAAAUGGAACCAUAUAUGUAAUUUUUUUUUUGUUCCAAAUUUGCAACCUAGCAAUCUGUAGUCCUAAAAAGUCCCAAAACUAAUUGCCAGCCUUCAGUUGAGGAAACACGGCAUCUUGCGUUUUAGGACAGGUAACUAGUCAUAAAUAAGACUACAACUUUGAAAAUGACAUCACUUUUCUAAUUUUAGACAUAUACAGUAUUGGAUAAAGUAAUCCUCCUUGCAAUUUGUUUGUGCAGGAAAUAUUAAUAUAUAUUAUUUUCUGUCUGUCCUAUGUUAUUUUUUUUAUUUUUUUUUCAACUCUUAGACACUAAAGUUUUACUUCUGAAAUUCCUUGCUAUCCAUGAGAAAUCACAUCACCUGUUCUGUUUUAUUUCACCAAAUGUUCACAUACACAUUUCUAGCAUUGGUUCAAAGCAUAAUGGAGCCCUUAUUUUUUGUAUGUGCUGUCGUUGAUUUCAAAUAAUUUAAUAUUUUUGGAUACACUUGUAAAAUAUAUUUUCAAACUAUUGAAAUAUCAAAAAAGCAUCAUAUAUAUUAAAAAAUACCAUAUUUACUGGAAUCUUCUGCGCCACUGUAUCUAAUUCGCACCUCAAUUUUUGAAACAUGAAAGCUGAAAAUUCUUUUCACUGGCAAAUGUAAUGCACAUUUGUAGAACUACUAUGCAACAUUGUACAUUAUAAUUUUUUUAUGAUAUUUUAUCCAAAAAGAAAAAAAUUAAAUCAAGAUCAUGUUAUUUAAAUUAUAUCUGUUGCUAGGCAGCACUGGUCAUGGUCAUGCAAUACAAAUCAUAAUGAUGAAGAUACUAUGCAUUGCAGAAUGGAUCUACCAUGAACACAAACUGAUCUCAUUUUCAUGGAGACACAGUCUUAUAGAACAUCUCUACAGCGCACAUGUGCUUAAACCAAAGGAUGCUCACCUACUUAACCCCUUAAGGACCAAACUUCUGGAAUAAAAGGGAAUCAUGACAUGUCACACAUGUCAUGUGUCCUUAGGGGGUUAAAAACAAGAAAAAAGAGUUUAUGAAAAAAAAGAUGGAAAAUACAGGUGGUAGAUGAUUAUUAUUAUUAUUACAAUAUUUAUAGAGCGCAGUCAAAUUCCGCAGCGCUUUACAAUAGAUAGAGUUGCUGGCUUAUCAACAAGCCUGGGGCUGGAGGGGUACCCGACUUUGGUACCAUUGUACAACUCAUAUGUAAGGACUGUACGCUCCCAUAAGACAUCUGCCUGGUCAGGGCACAGGCCAACUGUCACUAAAGUUUUCUUCUCUGUGCUAGUCUGCUCUAUGCAAAGCCACUGUAGAGUCAUAGACUUUAAACUUUAUUGCGCUCCAUUCCAUUUCUUUCAUUAUUUACAUUUAGUAGGUAGUAUGAGGAGGCAACUGACGUAGACUGUUAAAAAUAUUUGAAGAACUUUAUUACGGCUUCAAUAAAUUACAUGUGUUGAUUUUGUCUUACUUAUGUACAAUUAGUAUGUGUAUCUUGUUUUUGUCAAGAUCAAGAUAUGUUUUCUAAACAGAAAGAUCGCAAGUACAGAUAACAGCUGAUACUGAGGUGAUUAGUCCACCUAAACAAUCUAAUAAUGAGGGUUUAGAGGUUCUGAAUAUAUCUCCUGGAACAAUUUACCGGAAAGUUGACAAUCCUAUGGGGCCCCUAUGCUCUUGGGGCCACAGGGCAACUCACCAGCAUGCCCAUGCGUUAAGAUGGCUCUGUAUUAGAUAGAUAGAUAGAUAGAUAGAUAAAUAAAUUAGAUAGAUGGAUAUAUAGAUUAGAUAGAUAGAUAGAUAGAUAGAUAGAUAGAUAGAUAGAUAGAUAGAUAGAUAGAUAGAUAGGUAUAUAGAGAGAGACAGACAGACAGAUGAUAGAUAGAUAGAUAGAUAGAUAGAUAGAUAGAUAGAUAGAAAGAAAGAAAAAUAUGCUAUUAUCACGAAAACAGUAAUUAUAAUGUGCACAUAAACCUGAUGCCAGUUCACCAGUUGUCCUUCGUUGCACCACUCUUGGUAGGUACGAACCACUGCAUACCAGGAAAACCCCACAAGACUUGCAGUUUUGGAAAUGCCAUUGGCUAGACACCACUAUUUGGUCCUUAUCAAAGUCACGAAUGAUCUUUUCACUUGCCCAUUUUUCCUGAUUCCAACAUAUGAAAUUCAAGAACAGACUGUUCACCUGUUGCCUAAUAUAUCCCACCCCUUGACAGGUGCCAUUGUAACAAUAUAAUCAAUGUUAUUCACUUCACCUGUCAGUGGUUUUAAUGUUGUGGCCGAUCACUGUAUAGGUUUACAUAUGCUCAAUUUAAACUAAUUCACAGGUAAUAAAUCAAAAUGGAUCCGCUGAAAUGUUUACAACAGACAUACAAAUAAAUAAAUAAAUAAGCUGAACCGGAAACAUACCCGACUUAAAGAACUUUUUUGGUUCCACUAUUUUAACCUUACAUUAAAUUUUACUUAAAUUCUCACUUUUGGAAAUAACUCUGCAAAGUCAUUUACAGAUAAAACAAUAUGAAUCGUGUUCACUAUUCACAUAGGUGUACUUGUUAAACACCCAGUAUGGGUACAUGUUAAAAACACAGACAAUGUUUUGUUAUUGAGUUUAUACAUAUAUUUUUAUUUUGUAUUUAAUUUUCAUUUUUAUUUGUGAAAAAUAUAUAUAAUAGAUACUGCGCAUAGAGUUAUAGAUAUUAUCGGAACUAAUCCUUACUACUUUCAUUUAUGAUGGUACCUUCGGGGUUGGCUAGAAUAUGCUUUGUUACUCUAUAGCUUCAUUGUAGACAAGCAGUGAUUUGAUUUUGCUUGAAAAAAGGUCAUGCUUUGAUGGAAGCCAAGGGGAGAUGUUUUACAGAUUGUGAGUUCCACAAUCUGUCAAUGUUAUAGAUUCCAAUGAAUAAUUCAAACGGCCUUGAAGAGAAUGCAGGGGUACAUCAUAUUUUCCAUAUUUGUAGUCUGAAUUCCCAUCCUCAUGCUGAUCAAUUAACAUGUACUUUGGUCAUAACAUUUUUUGGGAGCCAGCUUAUAUUUAGAGCCAGUUUCUAUUAGUAUUAUUGAAUUCGAAUUAGAUUUAUAUAUCAGCCAUGACAAAACAGCACCUCUAUGUAGUUAAAAGAAAACGGUCACAUACAACGAUUUUUUUCUAAUAUGUUUACCCAUCCCCUAUAUUUAACAAAUAUGUAUUUGUCAGGUGUGAAAGAUGUAAUUAAAUAUAGAAAUUCACAUCUCUCAAUCCUGCAGCUGGGUGCCUCUAUUUUAACUCCUUGUUAAUCAUUGUUGUAUGCUCUAUCCGUUGCACUUGGCUGUCAGCACAAAAAAAGCAUACCUCCCAAAAAUUGGUUGGGUCAGUGGGGUCCUGAGGAGCAUCACCAGUGGUGGAAAAAAUGGCAGACCCACCUUCUGAUAGGUUUCUUGACCAGCUCCCCAGCCUUGAGGAACAUGCAGGGAGCACUGCUGAGAGUGGUCCUCAUGCCUACUGCUCAGCACAUCAAUCUAAUGAUGCACCCACUCUGUGCUGCCUAGGGACAGUUUCCUGAUGCCCUCAGAUGUGAGAAACCAGAGAACUAAAGUGGGACGGUGGAACAAGACCCUGAAAGUGGACUGUCACAGGACUGCGGGGAGCCCUGAAGAAAGCAUUCUGAGAAGAGGAUAGAUGAAACAAUGUUUGUGUUUCUCCUCUUCAUUUGCAAUGUUUACUCUGAUGUUGACUUGUCAGAACUGGAUCGUGAAAUAAUAUGGCAAGUGAAAGGUCAGCUUAUGUAAUGUCUCUAUUCCUAUCAAUCCUUUCUCCUGUUCGUUCAGAAAACCGGAAAGUGACACAUGAUGGCAGGAUCUGAGUCACUUAUGCAAUGUAGGAGAGUGUGGGCGUCAUCCUGCUGUCGGUGUCUGGUGACUCUCAAAUGUGCCUGACAGAUCCUUCAAAUACACACAAUUUCAGAACCUUCUUCAACUCCCUGACUACAUCUCUCCGGCAUAAUACUUUUUUCCCCCAAGACAGAAAAAUAUCAAUAUUAAAUUUUGAAAAUGUGUCUGAUCUGCUGUUUAAAAGAAGCAAAUAAAUACUCAACUUGUUUUUUUUAAUUUCAGCUUGAUAUUACUCAAGAAUUUCUGCGUAAUGGGGCAUUAAUGAAGCAUGCUCAGAUUUAAAAAAUACAUAUUAAAGUAUGCAAGUUGUAUAUUAACUACUUUAGUUAGAAUGUGGUAGAAAUAUCACACAUUGACAGAUAGACAUCCACAAGUAGGAUAUUUAUAAUACCAGGCAGAUGGCAACCAUACAUUCAUUGCACUGAAAGAAGACACUCUCCAUCUGCCUAAAGUGAUUGUUAGCAAAUUUCAUACUGUCACGAUUACUAAGUGACCCAACACGCAGAGUGUAAAUGAUAAUAGAAGUAAACGUAUAGAGUGGCAGGGCUCUUCGUCUCAAGACAGAGAAUAGUCAGAGCAAGCCAAGUCAGGGAAAGCAGAAACCAGGGAAGUCCAGUACAAUAGAAAGAAAGGAGGAAGUCAGAAUAGUAAUAGAGAUCAAAUAAAAAAAAAAUACACUGAGAAUACGACGCACUAUUGGGAACCAAAAUUAGAACAACAACAGGGCAAUAAUCCAUGCCCUAGGAGAUCUUUUUAUAGUGUUUGCCUUUAAUUGUAUAGCCACGGCCCAAAACGUUGAAUUUGAAAAUUUUGGCAGGUUGUAAGGUCAUCAGCAUUAUGAUGUCAACACGCAUGUGCCGUGUCAUAGAAGGGGUAUAGCUAAAUGAUACUUACUGUGACGCAUGUACAUAGAAUGUUGACCUUGGAAUCUGUUGAGUGUGAAAUGCGUAAGGGUGAUCUCACUCCUACUGUAAUGUCUCAGAUUGUGUGUCUCGGUCAGUUAAUGUGUAAUUUGUUUCUGCUGUCCUUGAAAUAGUGAGUAUUAACAGAUGCACAAGAGUUAACAUCACCAAAAACAUACACCAAGGUAAUCCCAGGCAAUCAAUUACUUUCCAGAUUUCUACAUGUCUGACCAUAAAAAUACAUAGAUUCUCUAACAAUAAAACUACUUUAAUUCAUGUAAUUUGUUACUUCAAGGUGAAAUGACAUCCAAGAGUAUCAACAAGUAGCUAAUUACAUUUUAAAUAGUAAUAUUGUUCACCAAAACAAAGUAUCAGCAAUUCUUCUCUGCCUUCCAAUGUCCAUAUUUCCAUAUGUCAGCAGAGCAUUCUUUAUAUAUGGUGGAUAGAGAAACGGUCUCCCUUCUCUUAGGUCUCUAACACUGAAAACUAUAAAUAUGUCAUCAAUUACAUAAUGCGGAACGAUUACAAUUAUUCAGCCAUCACGGACACUCCCACAACCAUGCUUGACUGUAGGCAAGACACACUUGUCUUUGUACUCCUCACUCUUGACACCAUCUGAACCAAAUACGUUUAUCUUGGUCUCAUCGGACCAUAGGACAUGGUUCCAUUAAUCCAUGUCCUUAGUCUGCUUGUCUUCAGCAAACUGUUUGCGGGCUUUCUUUUGCAUCAUCUGUAGAAGAGGCUUCCUUCUGGGGCGACAGCCGUGCAAACCAAUUUGAUGCAGUGUGCGGCGUAUGGUCUGAGCACUGACAGGCUGACCCCCAACCCCUUCAACCUCUGAGUUAUUUUGAGUGGGCAGCACUCCUUUACAUUGUAGCAGAGUGUCAAUUCUUCAGUGUUGUCACAUGAAAACAUAUAAUAAAAUAUUUACAAAAAUGUAAGGGGAGUACUCACUUUUGAGAUAUUGUAUAUUGCUCCAAUUUUUUAAAACUUAUUUCUCUUCUUACUUUUACAUGGGUUGAUUUACAAAUUUUUAAAUGUUUACUUUGGUUUGGCACAUAAGGUAACUAUCUGAAUUGUGUGUGUAUGUGUGUGUAUGUGUGUGUGUGUAUGUGUGUGUAUGUGAGUCUCACUUUUUAAAUCUCUCUUCCUGGAGCACUGUAUAUGGGAUAAUAUGGCAAAAGACAAGAUGGACAUGUGACAGCAUGUAGGAAAAAUAUGACUAUAGGGAAAUAUGGUGGUGGGAGGCUGACACUUUGAUUGACACUUUGGGCCCAAUUUGGACAUUUCCAAGGGUGUACUCACUUUUGUUGCCAACGGUUUAGAUAUUAAUGGCUGUGUGUUGAGUUAUUUUGAGGGGACAGCAAAUUUACACUGUAAUUCAGGCUGUACACUUACUACUUUAUAUUGUAGCAUAGUGUCUUUUAUUCAGUGUUGUCACAUGAAAAGAUAUAAUAAAAUAUUUACAAACAUGUGAGGGGUGUACUCACUUUUGUGAGAUACUGCAAGCAUGAAAGUAUGUCUAUGUGCAUGCAUUGCUUGUUUUAUUUAUACAUGCACUCCUUCCGUUAUGGUGAAAAGGUUCCUGAUUUUGUGAAAAAAAAUAUCAGGGUUUCCAUAUCUUUUUGCUAAUUUUACUGUUUCAUAAAGAAAUGAAACAAGCCAUCAUACAUUAUCUAGAAACUACAUUAUUUACCUCCAGCAUGGCCUGUGAAGGAGCAUUGGAGAGUAAUUUUUGCCUGAUGCCCCAUACUAAGAUCACCAUGCACUGGAGUUUUUGAGGCUACAGAGCCUGCACUAUGAUGCCCUAUAGCCUCUAUUGUUACACUUAUGUCUUCUGCAAGUAUCUAUCAGUCACAGAUUCUGUUAUGCUGUGAAGAGUUUCUGACGUUAGAAUUGAUGGUUCGUGUGCAUAAAAUAAUGAAGAAUACUGUGUCAAAGUAGACAUGUCUUGAGGGUGCUUGCUGGAAAAUACAGCAGCAGAGCUCCAUCUAUUUCAAAUGAAUGCUUUAUGUUGAGAUAUUAAUAGCAGAUUGAUUGGUGGUGAGUCAUUAGAUUAAAACCCAUCAGUAGAAACACGUGUCACAAGACUAUCCUAUUCCUGAACACCUCUAGCAGCAGAAUGUUCCUCACACAUUCCCUAAUCAAAAAAGACUGAGCAGAACACUUCUCACACUCUCUAAUUUAUUGUUUUUCACAGCGCUCGAGAGAAAGUGUUAGAAAAGGAGUGAAGGAGGUGAAAAUCAGCACAUAUAUUUUUAAUUUUGAGAUAUCAGCAACAUCUCAACCCUUUACUCACCAUGACACUAACCUAUAAAAAGAAAAAAAAUUUUUUUUGCCAAUCAGUCGAAAGUUGUUUUUUUAUAGAUAUUUGUUUCGCUUUUUUUUUAAUGGUAAAUUUAUAUUUCACAAUUUCACGAUUUCCUGAUUAUGUUCACUUUGGCCUUUCUUUGCAAAAUAUGUUUUUCUGAUCUCUUAUUAAAUCCAGUGUUAGUGAUUUCUAAUUGACAAAAUAUGAAUCUCACUCUUAUUGAGGAAUAGGUCACACACCACUCACAAGCUACUGUGUAAAAGUAGAAUGCAUCUAAGACUGUCAGUCUACAGUAAAUGGCAAGGCUUAAAUAGCUUCUAGACACUUAAAGGAAAGACCUCACAAUAAAUUCUGCUGUGUGUGGCAUGAUAGUAAGCACAUCUCGGUAUAUACCAAAAGUAGACUGGAAUGCAAGAUGUUGAAUGCGCGUUUGUGUAUUUAUUUGUGAUGUAAGUACUUAACAGCUAAAAUACAUGAUCACUUAUUCUAUCAUAUUGAAUCACUGUGAAAAGUUAAAAUUAAUAAUUUUAUUUCCUCUGAACACUACACUACUACAAAAAAAUGUUUAUUUCUAAAGCCAUAGUGUCCUAGUCACCGUUUAGGUAAUCCCUGCGUAGACUAAAAAGGUAGUUUACUUGGCUGUUAUCUCAGGCCAUGCUGCUCUCUCUGCAACUGGCCCCGUAUCCAAUAGGAAAGCAUUGAGAGACUAGUACACAUACGUGGCAAUACGCCAUACUGCACCAAUCAGAUCAUAGCCAUGAGACCAUCUGUUUUAAAUAGCGAAGUUUCACAUGACAGAGUUAAAAGGAGAAAGACAUGACACCCAAGCCACUUCAUUGAGAUGCAUCACGAUCUCACAUGGAUUAUAAAUGUAGAUGAGCACAAACUGACUCAGCUUAGACUUGUUUUGUAGGAUUAUUCCUUAUUUAGUCCAGAGGAGCACCUAUUUUUGCCUUGAUAAUUGAAACUUUUUUUUGGCAAUAGCUAAGUAUUAUUUCUAUUUUUAAUAAGUAAUUUUCCUUUUAGAAGGUUUUAGAAGGUUCAUCUGAGGAAUGUCCCGAUCUGGAACUGAAAUGUUGUCCUGUUUCUUCUUUUGUAUUUGGAAACUUCUAAUUUGACGGAAUAAAGUUGAUUGAUACAGCAAGUUGUGAUUGCUGAACCCUCUUUUAUAUUGUUAUAUUAUAUGGCCUCAUUCUGACACCCUGCGAAUGUUUUGUUUUGAAGAUUAUUUGGGCAAAUUUACAAGGAUUUUCAAUUGACUCUCUCUUUCUCUCUCUCUCUAUAUAUAGUCUUUUAAUAUAUUAAAAGAGGACAUUAAUGUGAUUUAAUAAUGUAUAAAUAAUUGUAUAUAUUUAAGGUACUACAUUCUACAGUAGUAGCAAUGCCUACUUCCAUCGUUUUUGUUCUAAAAGCAAAGAAAUAUAUAAACACAAUUCUAUUGAAGAAACAGACCAAUUCUUGUAUUUGUUGCUGUAUUGGCUUGAAGGCAUGAGUUAAUGAGACCCAACUGGGUACUUGUUCGUUGUACUAGUCACAUGUAAUGGCUCAGUCAAAAGAUAAAAAAUUUUAAUUAACCACUUAGAACACGUUCCUGACUCGUACUCCUUUUAGUCAAUUCCAUAGCAGUGCAUUAAUGAGCCAAAUGUAUAAAGAAAAUUCAGUAAAAUCAAUAUUACUAUCUCAGAACAGUUUUCUUCUCCUCUCUCCUUAUCCUUGGCUCGUUGACAAUUCAACAUGAGGUCCACUUCACAGUGGUAUAAAUACACAUUUUUGUUAACUUUGAUACCAGAGAGGCUAUCAAUACAUUUUAGUGCAGCAUGUUGUGAAUGCAAUGGGAGUGAAGAUCUUAACUAGCAUGGAAGGGAUUAACUCAGUUAUUGGAAGCAGUACUUGGGAAACCUUAAAUGAUGUUGAAUUAGGGACACCCCCUGCUCGAUAAAAGGUGAGAAUAAGAAUCAAGUGAGGCAACAAUCAGUUCACAUAUAUCUAAAAAGUACAUCAUAAGAGAGCACACUCAGAGAAUCGAAAGGCCAAUUGUCAUAAGAUUUUCACUUCUUGCUUUUUAAAAGUUUAUUACAACUUAAUGAUUUUUAUAAAAUUAUGUAUAUUGAUUUUAUUACAGAAAAGUUAACUUUUUUAUUUGUCUGAGCAUCCACGUUGGACCAAAUUCUACUGUCGUCUAACUAAAUUCUGCUCAAGCUAACUUGCCUGCGGCUGCUUAUGUUAUUGCUCUGUGUGAACCUGCAGCACCAUUCAAGAUAGGUUAAACAGCAGUUGGUCAGGUAACAGUAGAAUCUGACUGAAAGGGACAUUAUAGUCACUGUAACAUUUAUUUUCAUUGAAUUGGUCAUAGAGCCUGGAAUCACCUGGCACUGUCCUUCCAUUCAGUGUUAAGCUGCAAGAGAGCAGUUUAACACUAAAUAAGGGACCCUGGUCACCCACAGUCCGGCCCCUUCUGGAAGUGUGACUAAGGCAGAAAUUACACACUUCCUUGUAGUCAUACACAUUCAUACUUUCAGUUGAAGCUCUGAUAAGCUAAAAGCAGUCAGCUGACACUCUCAGCCAAUCACAGCUGCCCAUUGCUGCUCCGGCUAAUACUUCCUCAUUAGCUAAAGCAGCACAGAGGGGAUGGGCAGCUGGGAACUCUCGUUAAGCAUUAAAACAUAAAAACAUUAAACAUUGUUUAUUGCUAAAUGAAAUGACAGUACCCGGGAACUCCAGACAAUAUAACCAGUUUAAUAAGAUGAAGUAAACUCAAUACCUUCAGUGUCCCUUCAACAGAACUGCUCAGCUAUAUUAAAAAAAGUGAAAUGUAUUGUAAAAACUCAAUAAACAUACUUCAGAAAAAAAAUCAUUACAUUUAAUAGACUGUAACUUGAAGCAAGCUUUAAAAAAACGAUAAAAAGUGCAAUUUGAUGACAGUCGUUCUUUGAAUUGAAAUUAAACUGGCUUUGAAAUAAACCACCUUUGUAAAAGCAUCCUCAUAUAAAAUACACAGAAAGCCAUUUUGAUUUCAGGACACAGCCAUUUUGUUUUGAUAUAUGAAAACUGUGGAACAUCCUUUAACAAAAGCUCUGUCAUAUCUCUGUGAUACAUUUCAGCUUAAAUAAGUUACUCUGAUCUACAAGCAGUUCUGUACAGGUUAAAAAAAAAGGGGGGGCUGUUUUUGUUUUCUUUUUAAAACAAAAACAAAAAAAAACACUAUAAUGCAGCACCGAUUUUAAUGCACUUCUCAAUUAUUUGAUUUAAAUUGCUGAUCCUGCCACCCCCCAUUCCCCUAAUAUUAAAGUGUUGUUACCCAAACUUGAAAUUAAUUUUGCUGAUGUAAAAAUUAUUAUAUGUUUCUAAAUAUGUUAUUAGCAGUCCUGUUUGUGUUAAUUGAAAGCUGGUGCAGUUAUUGUGUAGUUUGAAACACAGAGCACUGUUUUAUUACCUUUAUUUUCUCAUCAAAGACAAAUCUGUAUCUUUACCUAAGUGACUUAAUACAGCUAAUUACCUUAAUUUUUAUUUCUCUUACAGAGUGUUUGGGUUUGCCAUUGUGGCUACCUCUACAUUGAACAUGCUGAUCCCGUCGGCUGCCAGAGUACACUUUGGCUGUGUAAUUUUUGUCAGGGUCCUGCAAGGAUUAGUAGAGGUGAGAGUCUAUGUAUGCUAUGUUUUUUAAGAAGUUGAAUGCAAAUUUUUUUUAAACUGUAUAAUCACAGCUGUUUUAACAUAUUUACAUACUUUUUAGCUGCCAUGAGAGAGGGGGAUUGAUUCGCCCAGAAAACCAUAAAGGGAGUCAACUUAGAGCUAUCUCAGUUAAAUCCAAUGAGUGACAAGAGCAAAUAAAUGCUGUGGUAUACCCAAUGGGGAGCAGUAUAUGUUCCGAUCUGCCGCAGUGUCAUAAAAUGCCUUCACAUCUCCAUACCGCCCAAGUUUCCCUAUUUAGGAAGGAUAGUCUCUAUUUUGAACCAAAAUCAUGCUUUCUGUCUUUUCUAUCCUAAUGUCCCUUACUUCUAGGUGCUCCAUAUUGCUUGUAUGUCUGAGAAUAAUAGUAUUAGCUCCACAGCAAUAACACUACCAGUAAUUUACAAACAUCAGUGAAUGUGUUUAGAAAUAAGUCUGUGCAAAUACGAUACAUUGUUCUUGUUCUAAAUUACAUUUUAGUUGUAUUAAUUGUUAUUAGUAAGUCACCUAAAACCCUGAGAUCAGUCCUUGCCACUUGUGGUGUAUUACCAAACUAUAUAAAUUAUGUAAGCAUACACAUAUAAACUCUGGUCCGUCUACUUUAACAAACAUUUAUUCAGAGACAAAACAACAACAGCAUACAAAUAAUGACACACAAUCUAACUAACAAUAACAACUAACAUUAGAAGGCAACAACACAAUACUAUAUAGUUAUCACAAACACACAGCCCAGUCCCACAGAGCAACAACCCCUUUAAUCUCUCUCUCUUUCUCUCUCUCUCUCUCUCUCUCUCUCUCUCUCUCUCUAUAUAUAUAUAUAUAUAUAUAUAUUUAUCAUAUAAUAAUCCCCUUCCCCACACAUUUGAUCUCACCCACGGUUAGGCCUUCACAUGAAGUCAUGGCUCACUGCUGCAAGUUCAACAUCACAUCUACCAAUGAAGAAAAGGAGGCAACAGCAAACUGAUUUCCUGCCUGGCAAUAUCUUACCUACACUUACUUGAGAUGAUGUGUUUUACAUCACAUACUGAUUUUCAAUAUAUUAAUGCAUCACUUCCUUUAAGCGAUUGUGGGAGGUUAGAAAAGAUUCUAAGCCCCCCCGCCUAGGCCUAUUUCGUUGUUUAGGGAGAUGUAAGGAAGACAAGUUACCACACCAUUCACACCCCCAAAAUCAAAGUGUCCCUCUUUGUACAUCUUACUAUCAGGUGAAUUAGCCAGAAGGACUAUAAAUAAUGUAAUAUCACUUCCCUCAAUUGCUCACAUCGAUAUAUAAUAAUUGGCAACAUUUUGACCCACUAAGAUUGUUUGUCAAAUGGGUCAAAACAUUGCCAGGAUAACACUCUGCUUGAAUACAUUUAUCUUCUAGCAGCUUCACCUGGUGUUGUGGAUGUGUUUAUUAAUAUUGGCAUUUAAAUAGGGUCAACCUAUUUCAUAGUUCUUUACAAUACAGGACAUAACAUCAAGUAAGACAAACUAUUACAAAUGUUGACCGUAACACAAGGUUAAUGAGGAAUCUGCUUGAACCUAGAGAAGGUGUGGUAUAAAAACACGAGAUGAAGGGCAGAGUGGAUGAUAUCAUCAAAUAGUAAGAAGGGGGGACUAGUCGAAAUGGAAGGUUAGAGUGAGUAAAUUGGAGUCUGGACCCACUUAUUACUUUGUGAGAGCAAGAGAUAGAUUUAAGGAAUGACAGUUUCCCAUUGACACCGAAGGCUAGCCUAAAGAGAUGGGUCUUCUUAAAGGAUUGAAGACUAGGAGAAAGUCUGAUGGACAGAGGCAGAACAAGUUCUAGAAUCAAAGGUAAAAAGUUCAAUACGUAAUAAGUUCAAUAAUAGCUGAACGAGAAGCUAAGCUGACUUUGAGAAUGUAUCCAUUUUGGCUAUUUUUACCUUCCCUUUGCUUAAUUCCAUUGGUAUGAAAAUGUGUCCCAAACUGAUUUUUGGGGGGGUCAUUUGCAUAUGCAUAAAUAAAGAAGAUAGAGCUACAUACCAAACUGUACCAAAAUAAUGUAUCAUUGUACCAGUCAAAAAUGCAUUCCUUUAUUACCGGUAUAUCCGUAUUUCAAAAUGUAAAAAGGCAUAACAAAUUUCUCACAGUUUUCGUCUAUCAAGAGAGACUUAAUCAGACCACAAAAUACUAGAAAAUAUUUACUUAAUUCCAAUCACAAAAUACCAGACACUACAAACUACUAAACUGUGAGUUGUAACUAAUUGCCAACUGAUUGCAAAAUAUGAAUCAAACUACAUGAAUAAAAACAUUACCUGCUAAUGAGCUUGAGAACCGAUAUCCAAAUUAGCAAAAUAUAAGUAAAAAGGUUAAAAAAAUAAAAGGGAAGAAUUGAAAAGGAGAAAAGAAAAAGAGGUGAAAGGGAGGGAAAGAAAAGGAAAAAUAAAGCAAAAAAAGUAUAAAGGGCACUGUUAUAUAAAUGAUAAAUUGUUACCUGUAAAUAUAUACAAGAACAAUUUAAUAGAGAGAAAAAAAUCAGGUAUAUCUGUUUUUUGUAUAUUUUUCCAGCUCUGGUUAGAAAAGUAACAAAUUUCACUUGUUUAGUAAUAAAGUCUAUUUUUUUGUUUAACAUUCACUGAUGCUUAUUCCAAAUAAUUCAUUUAUAAUAUUUGUAUUUCCAUUGUUUAAAGGGAGUUACGUAUCCUGCGUGCCAUGGGAUCUGGAGUAAAUGGGCCCCACCUCUUGAACGCAGCAGGCUUGCCACAACUGCCUUUUGCGGUAAUGUAAUUUUCACAUAAUUUACACAUUUCUGCAGUGACUAUUGCACACAGAACACCAUAUGCCACGGGGGAGAUGUGUGAUGACAUAUAAAAGAUAUCUGACACAUUUGUGUACGUGCGUCAGAAUUUAUUUUGAUGUCCUAGCUGUUAAAGACACAGUAAACUGUUUGACCAAGCAAAUCCCAUAACAUUUAUACAGUAUACUCUGUACACUUUUUAAUACAUUUAAAGAAAAAAAAGAGUACAUCGAAGCAAUAUGUUAAACAUUAGUAAGUUAUAUCAUAUAACCUAUAUUUAAGUUUAUUUUGAAUUUUUAGGAAUAAAUACAUGAAGAUGCACAGCAAAAAUUUUAAUAUAAAGUGAUAUAUCAGAAAACAUUUACUACAUUUCCUCAAUUUUUUUUUUUGCCCAAUACACCCAAAUCAAAAUCAUUUCAAUCCACGCCUGAGCAAAUUGAUUUGCAAAUAAUUGAUUUAUUGAAUUAGACUCCACAGGUAAAUACCAGAUUAAUCAAUUUGUGUGGCUUUGGACUAAAAGGAAUGUGAAUCAGACGAAACCAGCUGAAACAUAUUUUUGCAGAAGUCUAAUAUUUGCAAUAGAAUUUUCUCUUUAUUCAUAUAAUUAAAACUGUAAAAUUAAUUAUGCAUCCUACGUAGCAUAAGGGAAAAAAAGUUGGAUUUUUCUCUCAAGUAGCAAAGAAAAGAAGAAGUAAUCUUAAGUAGUAGUUCUAAAGCGAUUUUUCAAGGAACACCCUUAUUAAAAUAUGUACAAACUACCAGUUCUGUACAAAUGGGAAUAUGAAAGAAAUCUAAAACUUGUUUUGGAGAAGUACUUUGAGAACCACAUGAGGGGUAUGUAGUAACAUAUGUUAUUUACUACCCCUAGGAUAUUUGUAAGCUAAAUUCCAAGUAUGUGUGUGUGUAUACAUACACUAUAUUUAUAAUGGAUGACCUCGUGUCUGUUGUAUAUGUAUGGAUGGAAGACUGUGAUAUAUCCAUCCAUCCAUUUACAAAAGACAAGAGGUCAUCCUGUAAAGGAGAAAGGCAUUUUUGCUUACAGCAGAGAAAAGGGUUCUUUACAGUAAGAACAAUAAGAUGUGGAAUUCACUUCCCAAGAAGAUGUUUUUAUGAAAUUCUGUAGAUAUGUUUAACCCCUUAAGGACCAAACAUCUGGAAUAAAAGGGAAUCAUGACAUGUCACACAUGUCAUGUGUCCUUAAGGGGUUAAAGAAGUCCUGGAUGUUUUUUUGGAAAAAACAGAAUAUUCACGGAUAUAAUUGACAUGUAUGUGAAGAGGUUGUUAAAUUAAUCCAAGGACAAAUUGCUAUUAAGAAGUCCAGAAGAUUUUUAUUUUUAUUUUUGUGGCUAAAUUGGCAGUUCCAAUCAUAUUGGUUUGUUUUUUUUCUUCUUUUUAAUCUAUAGCCUAAAAAUGAUGUGCUAAACUUGAUGGACUUUGAUGGAGUCUUUUUGUCAACCCAGAUUACUAAAUAACAUUACGAUUGUUAUUCUUGAUAAUAAUUUCCUGGAUUACUUCUGUUUUUCUUUAUUAUCUUAUUUUACGUCCUCCCUCUCACUACUUUCCUUUGUGACUUUGGAUUGUCAUAUCUUGCAUAGUGUUACACUAGCAUCAGCCAAACUACGCAUUACUCAUAUUGCUAAAUAUAGCAAAUUACUACUGUGUCUGCACCUGUCUGCAAUCUGAAUAGGCCCUGUAUCCCUAGGGUACUAUUUAAAAUACGGGAUGUAAGCAACGAGUACUUCUGCUGGCUCGGCUUGAUGUAACACUGUGAUGUUAGCCAGGCAGGGCACUAGAUUCAUAUUGAAUUUUUAGGAAAAAUUAUCCAAACAUAAUAUAAAAGGAGAAGAACUUGUGCUUAGAGACUGUUAUCAUUUUUAAAAAAAUUAUUUUGGGCCAAUUUUUACAGUUUCAUGGUUUUUUUUUUUUAAGAUUUUGUUUAAGUCUUUUUUUUUUAAAGAUUUUCCAAAAAUUAUAUCUAGAAAUAAAAAAAUUAAUAAAAAGUCAAACAUUACUAUUAUUAUUAUUAUUUUUUACAUAUUUGAAGACUAUUGACACAAGAAAACAUUUUCCAAUCGAGUUAAAAAAAAAUAAUAAUACAAUUGUGCAACUGCACAUUUGCUUUGCUGAAUGGUGCUAAGGCACUAGGAACAUGAAAGAAGAAUCUCAGUUGCAUUCUGUACAUUGUCCGAGUGGGGCCAACAAUGGAGGCUACCCCUUGUCACCACCACCUACCCACUCUGAUCCUAUAUCCCCUUUUCUUAGAUCCCCAUAACACAUGUGAAUAUAAUUCCAGAAAGGAACUGUGCAUUAAUUAGAAGUGAUAUUUGUUUUUUGUAGGUUCUUAUGCAGGAGCUGUGGUGGCAAUGCCAUUGGCUGGGGUAUUGGUACAGUAUUCCGGGUGGAGCUCUGUGUUCUAUGUUUAUGGUAAGUAACAAUGUGUGACUGGUUCCUUAGGUAUUGACAUUAAAUUUCUUGUUAGUAAUGAGUAAAAGGUGGGAUAUGGAGGAAAUGAUAUAGGGUGAAAGAUGAGGGGACGUGCCAGUAGAAGUAAAUAAAGGAAAAUGAGGGUAAUUUAUAAGGACUGGCAUACUGGUAUGUGAAGCAUGGGGAGGAGGAGGUGUAAGCACAAAAGAGAUUGCAUUGCGAGAAAGUCAAAUUAUUCUCAUUUCUGUCCAUUUUGUGUUACACUUUCAUUCCAAAACUUGAUUUUCAUUUUAGUUUUAUAUUGUUUUUUUGUACUGUGCUAGGCUAUCUCUUGAGCAGUGAUUCCAAAACCGUUCCUCAGACCACACUAAUAGUCCAGGAUUUAGGGCAGAGGUAGACAACCUUUGGCAUUCCAGAUGUUCUGCAUUACAUCUUCCCAGAUUCAUUGCCAGCCUUAUGGCUGUAAGAGCCUUAGGGGAGAUGUGGUCCACAACAUCUGGAGUGCCGAACAUUGCCUACCUCUAAUUAAGGCAAUUACCAAUUCCAUUCUAAUUGGGAUGCUGACAAAACGUAGGCCGUAAGAUGCUCAGGUUGAAACCCAGUGGCUGAGUGGGAGCCACUGGCUAAGACAUCUUCUUAUAUGAAAGCCUGUGUUCCCUACUCUCUAACGCCCUAACACACUCCAAACACACAUACAGAUUCUUUCUUCCAGAAAGACACACAGACCUGUAUUUCAAACACACACAUAGAUCAGUACUUCCAAGACCCAAUCACAGAUCUGCACCGACAGGCACUUAGACCCGUACUGAGAAACACACACAUAGAUCCGUACUGACAUACACACACACACACACACAGAGAUACAGACAAGCAUACUAAAACACAAAUAAUCAGUCAAUUUUAUACACACUGACAGAUGCAUGCACAUACAAACAUAUACACAACCACAGAUAUGCACACAUUCCCAAAUACAGUCACACAAACUCACUGUUACACACAGGCACUCUUAGAAAAUAUCCCUAAUGUAGUACGGUGGAGAGGGACAUGGAGAGAAAUCCAAUAAAUUUAUACUUCAAUUUUACAAACUAAAAAGGCUAAUAAAGUGACAUAUUGUGUUCUAUCUUUAGGGAGCUUUGGUCUAACAUGGUACAUGUUUUGGAUCCUCGUUUCUUACGAAAGCCCUGCACAGCAUCCUACAAUAUCAGAGGAGGAAAAACAAUACAUAGAAGAGAGUAUUGGAGAAAGUACAACCUUCAUGAACCCAUUGGUGGUCAGUAGAAUUAGUUUGUUCUUUUUUUAUUAAUUUUUUUGGUAAAGUGUCAAUAUUAAAAAAAAAAAAAUAAUAAAAAAAUAAAAUAAAUAUGUAGUACCUGGAAAGCAUAUUAAAUACCAUGGGAAAGAACAACAAUAACAAAGUGUAAUAAUAGACUUGUCCAUUUAUAUAUAUUUGAAGUGUACUUUAGGGACAUCAGUGAGAUAAGGGCAAUUGCUAUAUUCAACUCAAGCAUGCAUACUAACUGUUGGUAGAAAGGUUGUUGCACUCACAGUGUACAAAUGUAUUUUUCAAUUUAAGAAGCUAUAAUUAUCUUUUUGUCAUACUGUCAUAUACCGUGUGUGUGUGUGUAUAUAUAUAUAUAUAAAAAGUACAAUCAGUGAUGGUUGUGAACUUGUGCUAGUGUGCUACAGGCUUAGAGGCAUGGUUUAAUUUAGGCAAAUUACUAAUCAUUUAUAUUUUUUAUACUGAAUAAUGAAAAUGUGAAAAUAAUCUCAGCAGGGAUUCAGAUCACUGUGGUUUUACAUCAAUAUGCACGAAGAGGUGCUAAAAAUGGUGUUAGAAAAGGCUGCUACCUCAAGAUUUUCUGCAAAAUAUCCAACAGAAUUCUUCAUUUAUCUUUCUCCUUAUUUUAGCUUUUUUUCUGUCUUGUUGAUUCUUUUUUAUUUUUGCUUCAUGAUUUAAUUUACCUUUAAAAGGUGGUCGUACUGACAACUCUUGCAUAUUUCUACUUUAUAAAUACUAAACCAUAAUCACUUCCCAUAUUAUCUACACAGAAUGAUAUAUUUAUUCUGCUGCAUUUUAUAUAUAUAUAUAUAUAUAUAUAUAUAUAUAUAUAUAUAUAUAUAUAAAAACAAAUUUCAGGCAGGAUUGCCGUAUAAGAUCAUGAACAUUGUUAUGUUAACAAUUUCUGUCAUAUUAAAAUUCAUAUAGCUUUGUAUUGCAUUGAUUUGUGUCUGCUAUAUCUUAAGCAUGUGCACAGUCCGCAUACUGUUCUUAGUAGACAGGGUCGGACUGGCCAACCAGGAUACUGGGAAAUUUCCCGGUGGGCCGCGGCAUCUGGGGCUGGGGCCUAGAGGUGCUGCUGUAAAGACAAAGAUAUAUACAGAAUACAGAUUAAUGGAACAGUGCACACACGCAAAACAAAAUACAGUUUUAAAUCUUACAAGUCUGCUUAUUGCCCAAAUACAAAUAAAAAUCACUGUUUAAUAGAUACACUCCAAAUGAAAACAUGCAUGCAUUUAAAUAUAAAAAUUCUUUUAAAAUUAGGGCAUAUCUAAAAAAAAUCUUAAACCUAUAGUUCUCAUGUCAUCUUUUGCAAGCCCUCCCCUUGUAGCCAUGCCCCAACUUUCCAAUUACAGACUUCCCAGUGCACAUCAAUGAGAAGUCUUUGCAAGGCAGGUGCUCUGGGCAAUUGCUGCCUCUUGGGUUUAACUCCACUGAGCUAACUUAACCAGGAAGUAACAUUUCUUGUCUGAUUGAAAGCGAGGGAGUGUAACAAGGUUAAUUUAUAAAAGUGACAGUUUCUAUUAAAAUCUACACUUUUUGUAAAAUGACAAAAAGAGGACACACUCUUCACACAAAAAGUACUUCAGCAAGAUAACGUGCUAUAGGGGUCCCAAGUGUUCCUUUACAUUUAAAUUCACCUACCUUAGCAAACAAAUAUGACUUUUGGCUACACCAAGCACGUCAAACUCAAAGUGUGGCACGGACCACAUAAACAAGGUUUAAGUUUAUGUGGGCCACACACACACACUGACAGACACACACACACAUAUUCACAGACACACACUAACAGACAGACACACACUUCACACACACAUACUCACAGACAGAUACAUACAGGCACACUGACAGACACACAUAUACAGACACACACACAUACUCACAGACAGACACACACACACACACACUCACUGACAGACACACAUACUUGCUGACAGACACACACACAGACACACUCACUGACUGACAGACAGACACACACACUUACACACACAUACUUUACUUCUCCUUACCUUAUGGAGUCGAUGAGGGGCAUCUCCCUGGGGUCCUUCCUGCUCCUCACUGCUCCCUCACUCGAUUUAGUGAUGCUGGGUGCCAGAAUAUGACGUCAUAUUCCGGCACCCGGCUUCACUUCAGUUGGUGCAUGCGAGGGAGCAGUGAGGAGCAGAACACUGAGCUCCCUCACUGGCCCUCCCCCCCAGCCGGAUAAGUGUUAGCAGAGUAGGUACCUGCACCUGCAAUGUGGGGAAAGCAGGUGCCUACUCUGCUAUAACACCAGCACAUACUCUCGGCUCGCCGGGCCGCAAAGAUGGUCCUUGUGGGCCGUGAGUUUGACAUGCUUGGGCUACACCAUGUGUGACUGGUAUAACCAAAUCCCUGUAUUUGUUUGCUUAGAUAGGCAAUUUUAUUUGUUAGGAUGGGACCUACUCAUAUUGGGAUACUUAGAAGAAGUGGUGGGCCAUACUAUGUAACUAUAUAAAAUAUAAUAUAACAAUAUAUAGAUUUCAAAAACUUUUUUGUAUGUGUGCUGUACCCUUGAUCUGUUUUAUGCAUAUAUUUUGGCCUUUCAAGCAGCAACAAAACUUAGAUAUGUGUUUUCUUGGUGUUACCCCAAUUCCGUUUUUAUUCUAAGUGAAAUAUCCAGGAAAAUGUAAUGCAUUCAGAAUUAGCAAAAUUCUAGUAGCAGAUUGGCAAAAUCAAAAACAACAGCUUGACACAUCUCAUAAUUAAUGUGCAUUUUCAUUCUGACUUUUAUUUUUAAUUAAUAAAGCUGAAUGAAAGUUUUUUUUUAUGGCAACUUGUUUAAGUCAUGCUUAAAUGUUAAGUGUUAAACUAUGCAUUUCCUGUCCAUAUCUUGCUAAGUCACUAACCCAAUAUGGUCAAUCAGACUGCUUUAAUCUACAAUAUGAUAGUACCAUCUACCAAUCUACAAUUUGGUAGUACCACCCAUUUCUAGUACUGGUAUUUUGAGUUAUGCUUCACCCAUUAUUUGUCAAUAUUCUGUCUUGUCCACGCAUUAAAAACUUCCUUCUUCUCUUUAUUUGGACAUAAGAGGACAACAGGUUUUUUUGAGAGGGCAACUGUAUUUAUGUUCUUCAAACGAAUAAUACCACUCCAUCUAUUACAGAAAUUCAAGGCUCCAUGGAGAAGGUUCUUCACCUCUAUGCCAGUGUAUGCCAUUAUCGUUGCAAAUUUUUGCCGUAGUUGGACUUUCUACCUUCUGCUUAUUAGCCAACCUGCUUAUUUUGAAGAAGUCUUUGGAUUUGCAAUUAGCAAGGUAAGUUUACUUUGUGAAAGCAGUGUCAGUUUAUUACAUUGAUCGGUUUGCCUUCAAUUUUGCUAUCUCAUUAAAUGAAUAAUUUAUUCUGUUGGUUUUUUUUUUCAUUAGAAAACAUUGCAAGAAAGCACACUGGUAAUAAAAAUAAAAAGGGAUAGUUAAUGUCACCGCAAAAGAGGUUGUCUCAGGAGACAAUUGAUUCUGCAUAUCAGCCAACAUUAUUUCUAUUUUUAACAAUGGUUUUACUGAAGGACAAAACAAUGUAAUCAAUCCAGAAAAUGAUUAAAAAUCUAUGAGAGGCAUUGCAUAUAUUUACCAUUAUUUUUCUGGGAUAAAUAUGAAAAACAACUACAGAGGAAUGAAAAGAGAUAGUACAGUUAGUCAAAGGCAGGUAACUGGCCUUGUCUUUCUUCUUGUAGAGGACUAGAUUAUGUGGGUAUAGGGAGUCAAGAGUUCUGGGCUUUUAAAAGUUUGUAACAGCCAUGUAUGCCUUAAAAAGUUCAGUGGAUUCUUGUACGGGUUCUUUGAGGCAUUCAACCACCUCGAAGUGCCAUAUUUUGUUUGAGAAUAAGAUCUAUAGAGAGUAGCCUACUUUUCCAGUAGGCCAACAUUAUUUUCUAACUUAAAUGAGAAUAAGAAAGAGUUUGUUCACCCCAAAGACAUAAAAAGAGUUAAAAAGAGACUCUACUGCCCCCCCUCCCACCACCUGCAAAAAACACUGUUAAGUAGGUAUACCCACAAUGAAAAGCAUUGAAUGCCUAUUUACCCUACUAACAGGUUGGACUUCUGUCAGCUUUACCUCACUUGGUCAUGACUAUUAUAGUGCCCAUCGGAGGACAAAUCGCUGAUUUUCUACGUACCAAAAGGAUAAUGUCUACUACCAACGUGCGAAAAAUGAUGAACUGUGGUGGUAAGUCAAAAGGCACAUUAAAGCUAUUCCUCAACACUAAAAUAUAAAUAUAAAUCCUUUUUGAGGGUACAAUUAUACAAAAUUGAAUUAAACCCAUCUAUCACAAAAUGUAUGGAUGACACAUUGCCUUAUUUGGAGAUAUACAUUUAAUCUGUGCUUUGGAGUUGUAGUAGCGGCAAUUGUAUAGAUUAAACAAUAUAUGUAUACUAGAAAAGCUACAAUUUCUGGGGAAAUUGUGUGAAGUGUUCUUGCCUCCACCAGUAGUCUACAACUGGAGUGGGCAGAGUAACUGUUAUCAUUUAUAUAGCACAUUUAAUUGCAACGAUGUUGCACAGUUACAUUAAACCAUACAUUUAUAAAAACAUUAGCAGGUGUAUAAAAGGCCCUGCUUAGUUGAUGGUUGGCCACCUGUUUUUUUUAUUUUUAUUUACAAUAUUGAAUGUUGAAUAUUGAAUAUUGGAUGUUGAAUAUUGAAUGAUAUAUUUUAACAGAUGGUGCACACUACAGUAGCUGUAAACAUUAAAAUUAAUACACACUUUAUCUUAAAGAGACUCUCCAGUGCCAGGAAAACAAUCAAUUUUCCUGGCAGGCGCACCCCCCCCCCAAACCCUCCCUCCCUUCCCUUUCACACUCAAACUGAAAGCAGACCAUGUUAUACUGUGAGACUGUCAGAACAUAUUAUCUGCUAUUUGAUGUCCUCCAAGCUAACUGAAGUGUUAGUUGCAGGCUGAAGGGGGGUGGGGGAGGGAGAGGGUCACAUGGGAGGGCAAGGAAUAAUCAGGGAAGGAGGGGGCAUCGGCCCAACCUAUGGCUAGGAAGCAUAUAGAAAAGUAAUAUUAGAAGCAAAAAAUGCAGAAAUAGAAGAAUAUAAUACAAACAAAAUGGUUUCCAAACUUUUUAAAAAAGAAUUCAAAAGUGCUUAACCAGAAAAACAAGGAUCUGAGUGUGAUAUUCUAUGUACUGCAGGUAUUGAAAGAAAUUAAGUUAUUUUGACAUUUUAUAUUUUCUGUUUCUCUAUAAUGUGUAAAACAAAAGCUCUUAUUCAUUUUCUGAAGGGUUUGGCAUGGAGGCAACACUUCUGUUAGUCGUAGGUUACUCCCAUAGCAGAGGAGUGGCCAUCUCCUUUCUUGUUCUGGCGGUGGGAUUUAGUGGCUUCGCUAUAUCAGGUAAGUGUGUUCCUGCAUGUCCAACUUAUAUUGCUGCAACUACUUGUACAGAAAAAAAAAAUGUACAGCGCUGUCGAAAGAUUGGAGCUUUAUAAAUUAUAAUAUUUGUUUGUUUUGUGCAGGUUAGCUGGGAUGGCAAUCUGGUUUAAAAGCAAUUUGUAACUUUAUGUGAAUUUGAGUUGUUCAUUUACAUCUGGCUUUAGCAGUAUCAGCUAAUAAUAAGCAAUGGGUGCAUUGCAUUAAGAUGCUGCAUUAACAUAAUUAUGUUGAGAUAACCUAUAGGCAGUUUGAGUGUAACAAAAAAACAAAAAGAAAGAAAAAAAACAGGUUGCACCAAAUAGAGAGAAGUGUAGUCCAAAUGAGUAUAGACCACAUUUCCCUUGUGUCAAAUAGCUUGUAUCCAGUAGUAUAAGGCUUAGACAGCAGGUACACAAAAUACAAAAGAAUAGAAACCAAUAGUACAAAUUGUUGUAAACAAAGAGACAGCAAAUAGUGUACACUUUGUGAAUGUUCACUUACCUUUAUUAGAGCUUCCAACCAGCUCUAGUUUUGUAGCAUAUAGUGAGAUAUAUCCAACAGCAGGUGGGCCUUUCUUAUGUUCGAUAACCAUAAAACCAGUAUUGGUCAAUGAAAGAGCUUGUAACCCAAGCUCAGCGUAUGAAGCGUACGGUGGUAUAAUCUCCACCAAAUUGAUAAGCAUAGAUUCUGAAUUUCUAAGUCUCAAUUAUACAUGCAACAGAAUGGAACACAACAUAGUGUACUUCAUAUAAACAAUAACGAUAUAAUGAGUGGAAUUAUACUCACACUCACAGGAUGAUCCGCAGUAGUGGUUUAAUCCCCACCACUUUAGCAGUACCGGCUAAUAAUGAGCAAUAGAUGAGUUGCAUUAGGAUGAACAUAACUCUGUCUAGUUAACCUGUAGGCAGUUUGAGUGUAACAGCUGAUUGAUGGGCUCCCGUGGCUUAGGUCCAUUCUGUGAGUGAAGGUGUGCAUUAUAUUCAGUAAUUCAGUAAACUUUCCACCUGUUUCUACUAGAAUUACUGAUUCUAGCAAGCUUGUUACAUCAUAUAUAAGUUUGUAUGCAUGUUGCAAUGUUUCUAUUUGUGCCGAUAGAACAUGUGUUUUUCAGACAAGCGAGUUUCUUUACUUUCAUUACAUAUGCAGAUGAAAUUCAUACAUGUGAUGUAAAUGACAUCAAGAGGAAAAUUGAGACGUAUGAUUUGCUUAACACUCAGUCCAUAGGUCCAUACUAAACUGACAACUAAACCAAGACAUUGAUGCCCAAAGGACUGGCCUUAGAAUUGCAGUCAUUUACUUUGGUGAAAUAUUGUUAUCCUCAGGCCAGCCCAGGUUAAACGUUUUUAGGUAUUUGUAGUUACAUUUUAUGGCUUUGUCUCAGAAUUCCUUUUUUCUCCCUCUUUACAUGUAGUUAAUUUGGGUAACAACGACGUCUAUAUCAAAAAGACGUCUAUAGCAAAAGAAUCAGAAGAUGAUUGUCUAGAACAGGGUUCUCCAAACUCUGGCACUCCAGAUGUUGCUACAACUGCUAACUCAGCAACAUCUCGAGGGACAGAGUUUGGAGGACCCUGGUCUAGAACAUUAGUGCAAUGAUUUCAAAAGUAACGUGACAAAAUGUUGUAUAGAUCACCAUUAUCCUGCGAUAUACUUUCAGUAUAAAUUCCCAGUACAGGGAAUACAAAUCUAUAGCUACAAGGAAUUCACAGACAUAAAACAAAGUUCAGAUUAAAAAAAAAGUAUGACUUGAUGUUUUAGAACAAGUAGAAAACAAUCACAUUAGUUUGGCCAAGAAGUUUUCACAGUACUGCGUUGAGAUGCCUGCAACUGUGCUCUUUCAAGUCAAUUUAAUGAAAAAGGGAAUAUUGGGAAAUAUCAGCAACUAAAUUAAUAGAGGAUAAGGGGAAAAAACAUAAUUUUGAAUAACUUUAGUCACAUAUAUAACAAUAUACAGGCAUUCCUCACUUACUGAAUAGGUCAUUAAGAGAGGAUGCCUAAGUCCAGCGUGACAACCAAGUUUUGAAUGCGCCAGAGAGCAGGUCUAUGUUUGGGUAAUACUUGAAUAUAGAUCAGCUCACUAGCAUGGGGUAUCCCUCAAAUCUAUGUUCAGGGGGAAAUUCCCUUAAACAUAGACCAGCUCUCUAGCACAGGAAUCCCUCGAAUCUAUGUUCAGGGGAAUUCCCAAGACUCAGAUUUGGGGGAUUCCCCGCACAAGAGAGCUGGUUGGAUGUCCAAGCAGUUGUUAUGCAGGUAAGUCGUCAAGUGAGGACUACCUAUAUACAAGAACAUGCUAGCUUUACAUAAUGCAUCCAACUGUAUGUUACAUGUUUAUUAAAUUACAUUGUUUUUGUCUUGUUUCUGCAAUCCUCUAGGUUUUAAUGUUAAUCAUCUGGACAUUGCACCUCGCUAUGCUAGUAUUCUUAUGGGCAUUUCCAAUGGUGUGGGAACUUUAUCAGGAAUGGUCUGUCCCUUGAUUGUGGGGGCCAUGACGAAGCACAAGGUAUCAGCUUUGAUUAGUGAAUUUCAUUCUCUACUGUAGAAAUUACCCUUGAUCUUACACUCCAUUUGACAAUGCAGGGCAAACCUAUUAGGAUAAGGUUAUUUGACUCUGUUGCUUCAAGAAAUGUAAUGCGAUUUUAUGUUGUGUAUUCAGUGAAAUAUAGCUGAAGGGUUAUUUACUAAACUAAAAUUAAUUUCAAACAUUGUGUCAAAAUAGCCACAGUGGAAUAUUUUCCAAUCAGCUGUGUUUCCAGUUUUCCUAGCUUAAAUUAAAUUUGAAAAUCACUUUGAAUUCACUUAGAAUUUUUGACAUUUUACAUUCAAUGGAUAACUCUACAGUAAAACCUGUUUCAUUUUCUAUUUUUUCUUUCCCCUAUACAUUAAAUAUGUGAAACAACUAAACUAAUGGAUACUUGUGUUAAAUGCAAUUAUGGUUGUUCUAAUCGUUCUUGUAUUUUCCUUUUUUUUUUAACUCUACAUCCCUACCUGCAUCUGUAGACUCGAGAAGAAUGGCAAUACGUUUUCCUUAUCGCUUCCCUUGUUCACUAUGGUGGGGUUAUUUUCUAUGGAAUAUUUGCUUCAGGAGAGAAGCAGCCAUGGGCAGAACCAGAAGAAACUACGGAUGAAAAGUGUGGUUUCAUCCACGAAGAUGAACUAGCUGAAGAGAGUGAGGACCAGCCUCAGGUUCAUGGAGGGUACGGUAGCUAUGGUGCCACCAAGAGCACAAGCUUUGCCAAUGGUGGGUGGCCAGCAGAAUGGGAGAAGAAAGAAGAAUUUAUACAGGAUGAAGGGAAAGACCCCUAUUUAUAUGGGACAGCUGCUGAAAGGGACUUGUCUUGAACAUAAAAACAAACAACAAAAUAUAUAAAUUUUAAAAUAGUAAUGUCUCAACUCCAACUUUGAGAUGAGCAUAAAAAAUAUGGAACGCGAGGUGACUGGUGUUGCCAAAUCUCCCACUUUGAAUCACAUGAUCACAGCAACUUCCUUUCAGUUAAUUAAAUACUGGUCAAUGUAUUAUAUGUUAGGGGAGUAUAGGCAGUGCCUUUUCAUGCUCCCAAUCCCUCUUCCAAAUCCCCCCCAAAAAUAUUUAUGGUGUCCAAGGGCCUUUUUUUGUUUCUGGUAUCAGUGGUUUGCUUGUUAUAUGUAUAGAUGCCACAUAUAUGUUCUAAAGUCCAUCACUUGUAUAAGUGUGUAAGCAAUAACAAAUAAAAAAGGUGCAUUUUAUCAUUGAUGGUGAACAUAUCCUGUUCACAUUUUCACUGGAAGCUCAAGAUUGUAUCUAAAACAAAGAAUAGAAUUGAGCAUUCCAGUUGAUUAAAUAAUUGUAAAAUGUGAAGGGUCUACUGACCACUUCAUAAAUGUCAGGUUGAUCAGCUCAUUUAUUAUUUUCUCAAGAGUGGUGCAGUAAAUAAUAAAAUAUGGAUUUACAGAGAGCAUAACUCCCUACCACCUUUCACACCAUGGUGAUAAAUAUGGUUCAACAACUUUUCCAUAACGCUAUAUACUAUUGCAAGAGUGAAUGAGGCUUAAUGGCAACCAACAUAUCAUGCGGUGAUACUAUAACAUGUGUUCUUCCAUAGGAGAUGGUUGGAAUUUAUCUCCCAUUGUGGAGCGUGUUGUCGAUGUCUAGUUUUUUUGGAGUCAGUUUGUGAUUGGUGUAAUUGGUGAGAACUUUUAGUGUAUUGUUCAGCGAGUGAGAAAUUGAGUGAAUGAAGUCAUCGCAUGCAGCACUGUUCUUUGGACCAAUGGAGUUUCAAAAAUAUCACCAUCUUCUAAGUUUUCAUUACUUCUCCACCUAUUUUAAUGUCCAAGAAAACAGAGAAAAUUCAACAUGCCCCAUAGUCAGAGCCUGAUAAGUGCAUUACAGUUCCGUUUCCUUUGUGGCCUCAUUGUACAUUGCAGUAAACCUUGGUGUAGAGUGUGCCCCCAUCACAACAAUUGUUUCCAUUAUUAUUGAAUAUCGAGCAUUUAGAAUUUUAUGCCAAAGCCCUUUCUGGACUUUUCAAACCUUAUCCAAAGAAGACAGCUGUGCAAAACUGUUAGUUUCUUCAGUUUUGGUGGAAGAAAUUUAACUCCAGCAUUGAAGGGGCUAUACUGUAUGUGUAUAGAGUGUUUGAGUGCAAUAUUGAUGAGUGGGGUUUUUUUUUUUAGAAAUUUAUCACCUACUAUUCCGGUGGAUUUAGUUCUCCGGAUAUGGGUUGUAAGUUUGUGUUAUCUAAUUACCAGCCAAACCCAAGGCAUUCUACACAUUUAGCUUAAAGAAAUGAAAAAAUCAGUACUGCGCAUGGAUAGGUUUUCUGAGAAGGGGAAUGGCAGUGGAGAUAUAAUGAAUGAAAUAUGGAGAUGUGCAGUAAUUGUACAUAAGAAUAAAGUAUAUUACAAUUCACAGUAUCGGGAUUUUUGUUUUAGAGUUGUGUCUGAAUUUCAUUCACUCACAUGGUUUAUUUCAAUGUUCAUACAUAUAUGUAGAGUAAAAUAUUAAAAGUACAUACAUGACCUACAAAGCAUAUAAACUUAAAGGGGCACUAUAGUGUUAGAAACACAUGUGUGUAUUACUGACACUUUAGUUCUAAAACCACCUGACACUAUAUAUCUCAUACCACCCUUACCUAGGGUUAGAAAGGUGAUUUACUUGUUUUUUUCCAGUGCCAUACGGGACUCCGAUCCACCUCCUUGGUUGACAUCAGAUUGAUGAUCUCAGCCAAUCACAAAGCUUUCCGAAAGGAAAUCAUUGGAUUGGCUGAGAUUGUCAAUUCUGAUGAUCUUAGCCAAGAAGGUGAGGUGGGUGGGCAGACCCAAACGCUGCCCUGGCCAAUUAACAUCUUCUCAUAGAGAUGCAUUGAGUCAAUUCAUCUUAAUGGGGAAAUUUUAGCAUGUCUAUGCAAAGGAAGCACCACUUGUGGCCACUAGAGGAAUGGCCACUAGAGGUGUUCUCUGAAAAGGCAGUGUUUACAGCUAGUGAUGUCCCGAUCUGUUCGCCGAACGGUUCGCAAACGGUUCGCCACGAAC